CAUGUAUCUGACGUGGGCCAAGGAGAGGUCAGAGAAGAGCUGCACCCCGAUGAGCUUAAAGGUGUCCACGUUCCACUGCCUGGCCGUUCAGGAAAACAGGAGGAGGAGUCAAUCUGUUUUUGAGGCUUCCCGCAGUCGUGGGUGAACAGGGAGUACAGGAGUGGACUAAGCACGCACGCCCUCGUGUUGAGGAUCAGCGUGGCAGAUGUGUUGUUGCCUACCCUCACCACCUGAGGGCGGCCCGUCAGGAAGUCCAGGAUCCAGUUGCAGAGGGAGGUUUUUAGACCCAGGGUCCUUUAUCUUAGUGAUGAGCUUUGUGGGCACUAUGGUGUUGAACGCUGAGCUGUAGUCAAUAAACAGCAUUCUCACAUAGGUGUUCCUUUUGUCCAGGUGGGAAAGGGCAGUGUGGAUUGAGAUUGAGUCAUCUGUGGAUCUGUUGGGGCGGUAUGCGAAUUGGAAUGGGUCUAGGGUUUCCGUGAUGAUGGUGUUUGAUGUGAGCCAUGACCAGCCUUUCAAAGCACUUCAUGGCUACCGACGUGAGUGCUAUGGGGUGGUAGUCAUUUAGGCAGGUUACCUUCGCUUUCUUGGGCACAGGGACUGUGGUGGUCUGCUUGAAACAUGUAGAUAUUACAGACUCGGUCAGGGAGAGGUUGAAAAUGUCAGUGAAGACACUUGCCAGUUGGUCCGCGAAUGCUCUUUGUGCACAUCCUGGUAAUCUGUCAGGCCCUGUGGCCUUGUGAAUGUUGACCUGUUUAAAGGUCUUGCUCACAUUGGCUACGGAGAGCGUGAUCACACAGUCGUCCGGAACAGCUGGUGCUCUCAUGCAUGCUUCAGUGUUGCUUGCCUCAACGGCAUUUAGCCCAUCUGGUAGGCUCGCGUCACUGGGCAGCUCACGGCUGGGUUUCCCUUUGUAGUCUAAUAGUUUGCAAGCCCACAUCCAACGAGCGUCAGAGCCGGUGUAGUAGGAUUCAAUCUUAGUCCUGUAUUGACUCUUUGCCUGUUUGAUGGUUCGUCUGAGAGCAUAGUGGGAUUUCUUAUAAGCAUCCGGAUUAUUGUCCCGCUCCUUGAAAGCGGCAGCUCUAGCCUUUAGAUCGGUGCGGAUGUUGCCUGUAAUCCAUGGCUUCUGGUUGGGAUAUGUACGUACGGUCACUGUGGGGAUGACGUCGUCAAUGCACUUAUUGAUGAAGCUGGUGACAGAGGUGGUAUACUCCUCAAUGCCAUUGGAUGAAUCCCAGAACAUAUUCCAGUAUCUGCUAGCAAAACAGUCCUGUAACAUCUGCGUCAUCUGACCACUUCCGUAUUGAGCGAGUCACUGGUACUUACUGCUUUAGUUUUUGCUUGUAAGCAGGAAUCAGGAGGAUAGAAUUAUGGUCAGAUUUUCCAAAUGGAGGGCGAGGGAGAGCUUUGUACGCGUCUCUGUGUGUGGAGUAAAGAGUUUUUUUCCCCCUCUGUUUGCACAUGUGACAUGCUGGUAGAAAUUUAAGUUUGCCUGCAUUAAAGUCCCCGGCCACUAGGAGCGCCGCUUCCCGAUGAGCAUUUUCUUAUUUGCUUAUGGCCUUAUACAGCUCGUUGAGUGCGGUCUUAGUGCCAGCAUCGGUUUGUGGUGGUAAAUAAAAGGCUACGAAAAAUAUAGAUAAACUCUCUUGGUAGAUAGUGUGGUCUACAGCUUAUCAUGAGGUACUCUACCUCAGGCGAGCAAUACCUCGAGACUACCUUACUAUUAGACAUCGCGCACCAGCUGUUAUUGACAAAUGGACACACACCCCCACCCCUCGUAGAUGUUCUGUCCUGCCGAUGCACGGAAAACCCAGCCAACUGUAUAUUAUCCGUGUCGUCGUUCAGCCAUGACUCGGUGAAACAUAAAAUAUUACACUUUUUAAUGUCCCGUUGAUAGGGUAGUCUCUUUUCUUCAUGCGAAUAACAGGGAUUUGGGCCUUGUCUGGGAGCAACAUUAUAUCCUUCGCGUCCGACUCAUUAAAUAAAACAUCUUUGUCCAGUUCGAGGUGAGUAAUCGCUGUUCUAAUAUCCAGAAACUAUUUUUCGGUCAUAAGAGACAGUAGCAUCAACAUUAUGUACAAAAUAAGUUACAAACAAUGCGAAAAAACAAACAAAAUAGCACAAUUGGUUAGGAGCCAGUAAAACGGUGCCAUUCUUCAAUAAAAUCAAUGGACCACAUUUCAGGGUGUUGUCUCCAAGAAUCACAAUAACUGGAAUACUAUAUCUGUUUUGAAUAGUACUGAAACAUUCCAGGGCCUGGGAGUCAGAUCGGGCCUCUUUAGAAUAUUUGAGGGGGUGAUAGAGAACAGCAGACACAAUGCCGUUAAUACCACGUGGUAGGAGAGAUGGUCUCAGCCAAAUCCAAAAACACGCAAAGCUGUCAUCCUCAAGGUCCAGUAAACGCUUGUGAUGGAUGCUGUGCGUUAUGUACAUGGCUACACCCCCACCACGAGGUUACUCUGGCCUUUCUAUGCAGACUAUAGCCUUGAAUACUGACUAUUGAGCCUGGGACAUCUUCCUUUAACCAGGACUCGUUCACAGCUACAAUGGCAUUCUCGUUAGCCUGAGUCACAGAGUAAAGCUCAUCUACCUUGUGUGUUAGGGAUUGUGUGUUAGGGAUUUUGUGUUAUACAAGAAAGUUGGGAAGCACAGUCUUUGCAUCUUUUGGGGCAUUGUGUGCUCCACACCAGACAGUGCAGGGUGGACUAGAUUCUGCAAGUCAACAGGGCAAUAGGGCUUGUGCUGCUUUACGCGCUCACGAGUCGGGACAGGUAUUCAAAGCACUGUUUUCUUCCCGUCUACAACCCCUUGGCUGUCGCGAAAGGCCAGACUGUGCUAGAGUCCAUUUAAGAUUCCGAAAAAAAGCUGCUGUCAGUUUUUACAUUGCUCAAACUCAAACUUGAUAAUGCUAAUACACACAGGAAAUGCAAGUAUUCACGGAAUUACAAACUAUUAUAAAACAGGUAAUGCAAGAGUGACCUCUGACUCAAACUGUUAUAAUGCAAGCUGCCAAACAAGGGUGCCAAGUUACAAUUGUCAAGAGUCAGUGUUGGUGUUACCCAGGGACCGGAGGGCAACAAGAUGGCUCCCAUUCCCAACUGCUGUUUGGACAUACAAUUACAAGCCUACACAACUAAAAUAUUCUGAAAUGAUAACCGAAAUCUAUGGCCAAAGCGAUGAUAGAAGACUUUGGUUUAAGUAAAUGUGUGGAUGGCUGGUAAAAACUAUGAUUUGGAAUGGAUUAAGUAUUUGCAGGAGAGCACCAAACCCUGUUGGCAGCCAUCUUGAAUAACCUCUGACCUCUGAGAAUGUACUCUGUGAAACUGCUCUAAAUGCUUUGUUUGCUUCAUGUAAAAUGAAAGUGAACGCUAAAGUAAAGUAAGACACUGACUAAUAAAGCUUGCAUCAAAAAAUAACAUUUGUUUUGCACAAUUGAACAUGAAUUUAAGUGAAGUGGGGACAUUUUGUUCUUGCAAUAUGGCAGUUCAACUGACUGUUUCUUUUUCUUCCUCUUUCGUUGCUCAUUGUUCACUCUCUUGUUUCUCCUAUGUAGCUGCUUCUGGAAGGUUCAGCACAGGAUAGAAUUAUGAAUGUGUUCUCUGUGUCUCUCUCUCUCACUUUCUCUCUCUCUAUUUCUCUCUCUCUUCCUCCCACACAAUCAGACUUUGAGAGCUCCCUGAUGAAGUGGACUAGCUGUACAACUGGCUCGUAAAAUGGACAGCCCAUUUCCCUCCAUUGUCCCCUUCGCGCUCUCACUCGCUCACACUCACUCACUCAGAUAAGCUUUAUAACAUGAAUGACAAAGCCACUGUUGCUAAACGAAGUGAGAUAAUGACAUCAGCAAUAACAGUAAAAACAAAUAAUCGUGAUGGUGAUUAGAGAGAGGGGACAGUAUAUACACUGAGUGUACAAAACAUUAGGAGCACACCCUUUUACCCCCAGAACAGGAUCAAUUCGUUGGGGCAUGGACUCUACAAGGUGUCGAAAGCAUUCCACAAGGAUGCUGGUCCAUGUUGACUCCAAUGCUUCCCACAGUUGUGUCAAAUUGGCUGGAUGUCCUUUGGGUGGUAAACCAUUCUUGAUACACAUGAGAAACUGUUGAGCGUGAAAAUCCCAGCGGUGUUGCAGUUCUUCACACUCAAACCGGUGCGCCUGGCACCUACUACCAUACCUCGUUCAAAGGCACGUCAAUAUGUUGUCUUGCCCAUUCACCUUAUAAUAAUAAUAAUAUGCCAUUUAGCAGACGCUUUUAUCCAAAGCGACUUACAGUCAUGCGUGCAUACAUUUUUGUGUAUGGGUGGUCCUUCUGAAUGGCACACAUACACAAUCCAUGUCUCAAGGAUGAAAAAUCCUUCUUUAACCCGUCUCCUCCCCUUCAUCUACACUGAUUGAAGUUCUUAUUCUAAAAUUGAUUAAAUUGUUUUUUCCCCCUCAUCAAUCUACACACAAUACCCCAUAAUGACAAAGUGACAACAGGUUUUUUGAAAUGUUUGCAAAUGUAUUUUUUUAAAUUUUUUUAUAGUGUUAUUAAAUACCUUAUUUAUGUAAGUAUAAAGACCCUUGCUAUGAGACUCGAAAUUGAGCUCAGGUGCAUCCUUUUCCAUUGAUCAUCCUUGAGAUGUUUCUAUAACUUGAUUAGAGUCCACCUGUGGUAAAUUCAAUUGAUUGGAUAUUAAAUGCAUGUAGUUCUGUCCUUGAGCUGUUCUUGUCUAUUAAUGUUCUGUAUUAUGUCAUGUUUCAUGUGGACCCCAGGAAGAGUAGCUGCUGCUUUUGCAACAGCUAAUGGGGAUCCUAAUAAAAUACCAAAUACCAAAUUUGGAAAGGCACACACCUGUCUAUAUAAGGUCCCACAGUUGACAGUGCAUGUCAGAACAAAAAACAAGCCAUGAGGUCGAAGGAAUUGUCUAUAGAGUUCUGAGAUAGAAUUGUGUCGAGGCACAGUUCUGAGGAAGUGUACCAAAAAAUGUCUGCAUCAUUGAAGGUCCCCAAGAACACAGUGGCCUCCAUCAUUCUUAAAAGGAAGAAGAUUGGAACCACCAAUACUCUUCCUAGGGCUGGCCGCCUAGCCAAGCUGAGGAAUCAGGGGAGAAGGGCCUUGGUCAGGGAGGUGACUAAGAACCCGAUGGUUACUCUUAAGGAGCUCCAAGAGUUCCUCUGUGGAGAUGGGAGAACCUCCUAGAAGGACUACCAUGUCUGCAGCGCUCCACCAAUCAGGCGUUUAUUGUAGAGUGGCCGGACGGAAUCCACUCCUCAGUAAAAGGCACAUGACAGCCCGCUUGGAGUUUGCCAACAGGCACCUAAAGGACACUCGGACCAUGAGAAACAAGAUACUCUGGAUGGAUGAAACCAAGAUUGAACUCUUUGGCAUGAAUGCCAAACGUCACGUCUGGAGGAAACCUGGCACCAUCCCUACGGUGAAGCAUGGUGGUGGCAGCAUCAUGCUGUGAGGAUGUUUUUCAACGGCAGGGAAUGGGAUACUAGUCAGGAUCUUGGCAAAGAUGAAUGGAGCAAAGUACAGAGAGAUCCUUGAUGAAAACCUGCUCCAGAUAGCUCAGGACCUCAGACUGGGGAGAAGGUUCAGCUUCCAACAGGACAACGACCCUAAGCACACAGCCAAGACAAUGCAGGAGUGGUUUCGGGACAAGUCUCUGAAUGUUCUUGCGUGGCCCAUCCAGAGCCCGGACUUGAACCCAGAAUGAACAUCUCUGGAGAGACCUGAAAAUGGCUGCGCAGCGAUGCUCCCCAUCCAACCUGACAGAGUUUGAGAGGUUCUGCAGAGAAGAAUGGGAGAAACUCCCCAAAUACAGGUGUGCCAAGCUUGUAGCGUCAUACCCAAUAAGACUCGAGGCUGUAAUCGCUGCCAAAGGUGCUUCAACAAAGUUCAGCGUAAAGGGUCUGAAUACUUAUGUAAAUGUGAUAUUUCAUUUUUUUAUAUUUAAUAAAUGUACAAAAAUGUCUAAAAACCAGUUUCUCCUUGUCCUUAUUGAGUAUUGUGUAUAGAUUGAUGGGGGGGGGACAAUGUAAUCCAUUAUAGAAUAAGGCUGUAACGUAACAAAAUGUGGAAAAAGUCAAGGGGUCUGAAUACUUUCCGAAGGGCACAACGGCCACUUUGGCCUCAAAAGGCAUGGAUUUUUUAGCGGGCAUUACGGCCACACGGGGGGAUGCCGCCGGGAAAUUUGAGGCCUGGUGAGAAUAUUAUCAGGUGCUUGUCAAAUUGUGAAUGACAGACUGAUGAAGUGAGUGCAGCUUGCGAUUUUUUUCAAAUCAACAUCAGAGUCCCAUCAUGCAGCCUUAGAAUGUAUUAAACAUCAAAUCAUAUAGCCCAACAUUUGUAUCACAACUAAAGUUGCAUAAAUAACUCUAUAUUAAGCAUAUAGGAGGACCAGUUUCUUUGUUAACCGCUCAACACAGAAUAGCCGCCCGCAUGUGCGCACUUCCUUUGAAACCGUUUGGAGAAAAUAUCCUUUCUAUUUUAUUGAGCUAUGUUCAAUUGUAUUCUUCAUACUAUAAAAUAAAAUAAAAUUAUGCCACGGAAUUCUAAGCAAAUCUUGUCUGCUAAAUUUACUAGUGUAGCCCACAGACAUAUGGCAUAGCCAGAUCAGGGCCUAAUAUAAGGACAACUCAGAGUAUGCUAUUCUGUUCUUCUGAUAUAGACUACAUUUUCUUCAUAUCAUGUUUCUUUAGACCUGUCUAAAAUAAAUAGCGGAUUUGUUGUGAUGGUGUAGGCUAUAUUAAAUUGAUUUAUUAAACUUUUUGAAAUUUAGAUGUUCCAAAGGUCUGUAUCAGUGGCUUGUAGGCUAUGCGAGGAAGCCAGGAGAUGCUAAACGCGUUUAUGCUAAUUAAUGGUAAAUUAAAGUGAGACUGGCAGUUAUUUGCUUGACAAUCACCGGCUGACAAUUUCAUGACCGCCACAGCCCUAGGUGUGUGCAUAUAGGAGUGUGUGGCUAAGUGUGUGAGUGUAUUAGAUGUUAUUUGAUGUAUUAUUCAAUGUGUAUUUAGUGUACAUACAGUUCAAGUCGGACGUUUACAUACACUUAGGUUGGAGUCAUUAAAACUUGUUUUUCAACCACUCCACAAAUUUCUUGUUAACAAACUAUACUUUUGGCAAGUCGGGUAGGACAUCUACUUUGUGCAUAACACAAGUAAUUUUUCCAACAAAUGUUUACAGACAGAUUAUUUCACUUAUAAUUCACUGCAUCACAAUUCCAGUGGGUCAGAAGUUUACAUACACUAAGUUGACUGUGCCUUUAAACAGCUUGGAAAAUUCCAGAAAAUGAUGUCAUGGAUUUAGAAGCUUCUGAUAGGCUAAUUGACAUAAUUUGAGUCAAUUGGUGGUGUACCUGUGGAUGUAUUUCAAGGCCUUCCUUCAAACUCAGUGCCUCUUUGCUUGACAUUAUCGGAAAAUCAAAAGAAAUAAGCCAAGACCUCAGAAAAAAAAUUGUAGACCUCCACAAGUCUGGUUCAUCCUUGGGAGCAAUUUCCAAAUGCCUGAAGGUACCACGUUCAUCUGUACAAACAAUAGUACGCAAGUAUAAACACCAUGGGACCACGCAGCCGUCAUACCGCUCAGGAAGGAGAUGCGUUCUGUCUCCUAGAGAUGAACGUACUUUGGUGCGAAAAGUGCAUAUCAAUCCCAGAACAACAGCAAAGGACCUUGUAAAGAUGCUGGAGGAAACAGGAAAAAAAGUAUCUACAGUGAGGGAAAAAAGUAUUUGAUCCCCUGCUGAUUUUGUACGUUUGUCCACUGACAAAGACAUGAUCAGUCUAUAAUUUUAAUGGUAGGUUUAUUUGAACAGUGCGAGACAGAAUAACAACAAAAAAAUCCAGAAAAACGCAUGUCAAAAAUUUUAUAAAUUGAUAUGCAUUUUAAUGAGGGAAAUAAGUAUUUGACCCCUCUGCAAAACAUGACUUCGUACUUGGUGGCAAAACCCUUGUUGGCAAUCACAGAGGUCAGAUGUUUAUUGUAGUUGGCCACCAGGUUUGCACACAUCUCAGGAGGGAAUUUGUCCUACUCCUCUUUGCAUAUCUUCUCCAAGUCAUUAAGGUUUCGAGGCUGACGUUUGGCAACUCGAACCUUCAGCUCCCUCCACAUAUUUUCUAUGGUAUUAAGGUCUGGAGACUGGCUAGGCCACUCCAGGACCUUAAUGUGCUUCUUCUUGAGCCACUCCUUUGUUGCCUUGGCCGUGUGUUUUGGGUCAUUGUCAUGCUGGAAUACCCAUCCACGACCCAUUUUCAAUGCCCUGGCUGAGGUAAGGAGGUUCUCACCCAAGAUUUGACGGUACAUGGCCCCGUCCAUCAUCCCUUUGAUGCGGUGAAGUUGUCCUGUCCCCUUAGUAGAAAAACACCCCCAAAGCAUAAUGUUUCCACCUCCAUGUUUGACGGUGGGGAGGGUGUUCUUGGGGUCAUAGGCAGCAUUCCUCCUCCUCCAAACACGGCGAGUUGAGUUGAUGCCAAAGAGCUCGAAUUUGGUCUCAUAUGACCACAACACUUUCACCCAGUUCUCCUCUGAAUCAUUCGGAUGUUAAUUGGCAAAUUUCAGACGGGCCUGUAUAUAUGUUUUCUUGAGCAGGGGGACCUUGCGGGCGCUGCAGGAUUUCAGUCCUUCACGGCAUAGUGUGUUACCAAUUGUUUUCUUGGUGACUAUGGUCCCAGCUGCCUUGAGAUCAUUGACAAGAUCCUCCCGUUUAGUUCUGGGCUGAUUCCUAACCGUUCUCAUUAUCAUUGCAACUCCACGAGGUGAGAUCUUGCAUGGAGCCCCAGGCCGAGGGAGAUUGACAGUUCUUUUGUGUUUCUUCCAUUUGAGAAUAAUCGCACCAACUGUUGUCACCUUCUCACCAAGCUGCUUGGCGAUGGUCUUGUAGCCCAUUCCAGCCUUGUGUAGGUCUACAAUCUUGUCCCUGACAUCCUUGGAGAGCUCUUUGGUCUUAGCCAUGGUGGAGAGUUUGGAAUCUGAUUGAUUGAUUGCUUCUGUGGACAGGUGUCUUUUAUACAGGUAACAAGCUGAGAUUAGGAGCACUCCCUUUAAGAGUGUGCUCCUAAUCUCAGCUCGUUACCUGUAUAAAAGACACAUGGGAGCCAGAAAUCUUUCUGAUUGAGAGGGGGUCAAAUACUUAUUUUCCUCAUUAAAAUGCAAAUCAAUUUAUAACAUUUUUGACAUGCGUUUUUCUGGAUUUGUUUGUUAUUCUGUCUCUCACUGUUCAAAUAAAUCUACCAUUAAAAUUAUAGACUGAUAAUUUCUUUGUCAGUGGGCAAACGUACAAAAUCAGCAGGGGAUCAAAUACUUUUUUCCCUCACUGUAUAUCCACAGUAAAACGAGUCCUAUAUCGACAUAACCUGAAAGGCCGCUCAGCAAGGAAGAAGCCACUGCUCCAAAACCGCCAUUUAAAAAAGCCAGACUACGGUUUGCAACUGCACAUGGGUACAAACAUCAUACUUUUUUGAGAAAUGUCUUCUGGUCUGAUGAAACAAAAAUAGAACUGUUUGGCCAUAAUGGCCAUCGUUAUGUUUGGAGGAAAAAGGGGGUAGCUUGCAAGCCGAAGAACACCAUCCCAACCGUGAAGCACGGGGGUGGCAGCAUCAUGCUGUGGGGGUGCUUUGCUGCAGGAGGGACUGGUGCACUUCACAAAAUAGAUGGCAUCAUGAGGAAGGAAAAUAAUGUUGAUAUAUUGAAGCAACAUCUCAAGAGAUCAGUCAGGAAGUUAAAGCUUGGUCGCAAAUGGGUAUCCCAAAUGGACAAUGACCCCAAGCAUACUUCCAAAGUUGUGGCAAAAUGGCUUAAGGACAACAAAGUCAAGGUAUUGGAGUGGCCAUCACAAAGCCCUGACCUCAAUCCUAUAGAAAAUUGGUGGGCAGAACUGAAAAAGCGUGUACGAGCAAGGAGGCCUACAAACCUGACUCAGUUACACCAGCUCUGUCAGGAGGAAUGGGCCAAAAUUCACCCAACUUAUUGUGGGAAGCUUGUGGAAGGCUACCUGAAAUGUUUGACCCAAGUUAAACAAUUUAAAGGCAAUGCUACCAUUUACUAAUUGAGUGUAUGUUAAACUUCUGACCCACUGGGAAUGUGAUGAAAGAAAUAAAAGCUGAAAUAAAUCAUUCUCUACUAUUAUUCUGACAUUUCACAUUCUUAAAAUAAAGUGGUGAUCAUAACUGACAUAAAACAGGAAAGUUUUACUAGGAUUAAAUCUCAGGAAUUGUGAAAAACUGAGUUUAAAUGUAUUUGGCUAAGGUUUAUGUAAACUUCCGACUUCAACUGUACAUGAGGUGUGGUGUGUAAUUAUUUACAGAAAUUAAAUUAGUAAAAAAUCAUUCAAUAAGGAAACAAAACAAAAGAGAACAAAAACACUAACAACUGCAAAAUCUAUCACAUUUCUGGUUGUGGCACAUGGUGCGAAAUUUAGCUGCCAGCUUAGCUGACUUCUGCUCCUCUCCAAGCAGGAUGGGAAGUUUAUGUACAGGGAUCUGUCUAAAGUUUGGUAUAUAUGUUGUCAUAUUUUGGGCAGGAACACAGGAAGUGCAUCUGUUUCUACCUCCUGUAAAUCACAAUACCUACAUAUUCUCUGAUCUCUUGGCAGCCAAGAUUUAUGGUGUCUUGCUUUUUCAAUUUCCAGACUGUGGUCGCUCAUCAGCCUUUAUUUUGGCAGGAGUUUUUUUCCUUUUACAUCUUGGAGGCUUCGAUAUUCAGCCAACGAUUUAGGGACAGAUAACAAUCAAGUUUAGUUUGUCCAAUUGCUUUCAAUUUGGAGUCAAUUUGUUUGAUUUUGUAGGUAGGGAGGGGUGUACAUGAGAGGGGGGGGGGCUCAUCAGAGUAGCAAAGUACAGUUGGUAUUUGGUAUUUUAUUAGGAUCCCCAUUUAGCUGUUGCAAAAGCAGCAGCUACUAUUCCUGGGGUCCACACAAAACAAGAAAAAUUACAUAAUACAGAACAUUAAUAGAGAAGAACAGCUCAAGGACAGAACUACAUACAUUUAAAAACUGCACAGACAGCCUACAUAUCAAUACAUACACACAGUAUCUAGGUCAAAUAGGGGAGAGGCGUUUUGCCGUGAGGAUUUGUUUUAUCUGUUUUUUGAAACCGGGUUUUCUGUUUAUUUGAGCAAUAUGAAAUAGAAGGGAGUUCCAUGCAAUAAUGGCUCUAAAUAAUACUGUACGCUUCCUUUAAUUUAUUCUGGAUUUGGGUACUGUGAAAAGAUCACUGGUGGCAUGUCUGGUGGGGUAAGUGUGUGUGUCAGAGCUGUGUGUAAGAUGACUAUGCAAACAAUUUAGAAUUUCUUAUAAAAAGAAGUGAUGCAGUCAGUCUCUCCUCAACUCCUAGCCGAGAGAGACUGGCAUGCAUAGUAUUUAUAUUAGCCCUCUGAUUACAAUGAAGAGCAAGACGUGCUGCUCUCUUCUGGGCCAGUCGCAGCUUAACCCUCUAAGAUUGAUGUCCGCGCCCCCCACAUAAUUCAAAUUAGCAUAAUACAAAGAUCUGCAUCAAAAUCCGUAAUUUUAAGCUAAAGAUAUUUUUUGGUUGUUGAAUUGGAUGCUUCUCAAUCAACCGCAUCCUUCUAUGUAACACUUCUGCAUCUGCGGUGAAAGGUGACAGAGCUAGAGCGGUGUUUGUCAGACCAUGAGACAUCCAGAAAAUCGGUCUUCUCACAAAAUCGUCUCUAGCGUCCGAAUGGUUUGGCCUACAAACUAUUAUGGAAAAUGAGACUCUCACGAACACGAUGGUGUUCUCCGUUUUGCUCUACGACCAACACAAGUGUCUUGCGACUCGUCUGAAGUCGGGACAGCCGAUCUGCUAACGUUUGUCUGCAGCGUCCGAACAGUUUGGGCUACAUGCUAAUAUGACCCCUCUGGGUUAAUGUCGGUAUUUUUAUUUUUUUUGCUCUAGGAUGCCCACAGGCCACACAAGACUCGUCUGAAGGUCCCCCGGUACCAGUUGAAAACAUUUAUGGAAGAAUAUAUGGAGACUGUUUAGUGACAAAAAUAAGGGGUUAAAUACAUGUCAAAAGAAAUAACAAAUGUUUCCUGAUCUUUCUUAUAUCUCUCAGAUAUAGGGCAGACACUUAAGUGAUAAUGCCCUCGAAGCCGGUGUUUGGAGGAUAUAUUGGCACGGGUGUUGUUAAUAUGUCCGUUCCAAUAUAUCCUCCAAACACCGGCUUUGAGGGCAUUAUCACUUUUAUACAAUGGGUUACAAACAUAUUCAAAUAAUGAUUUGACAUUUUCAUUAAAAACAUUAUUUUGAUGAAUUUAUUCAUACUAUUUCACCCUUCCACAAGACAAAGUCCCGACACAAAUCUAGGGUUGCUACCCAAGCUGGCUGGUCGUUCGUUCUAUCGUUUCGGUUGCUAGAGACGCGACCCAGUCGUUCAGUCUUUUUGUUUUGUAUCUAUGGACCCAGUCGUUCAUUCUAAAUGUUCCAUUGCCAUACUGGCUGGCAACGUUCUUAUCCCUUGCUUGCUAGCUAGCUAGCCAACUACGGCUAAUUUACAGUCACGUCAAAAAGUGCAGCCAGAAUAACAGCAAAGUAGCUGCAUUUGCAUUUGUUUAAGCUGUUUUCUAGUGACAUUUAUUUGGAUACAUCCAUAACAAUGAGCUAAUGAGGCGCGAUUUCGCCUGGCAUAGAAAAUGUUCUCACUCAUCAGGACACUAUUGUUCAGAGGAGCUAGCCAACAACACAGCUAACACAAUCACUUCAAACUGAAGAUGGAAAGACUGCAAACUAGAUUCACUUCGUUUGUCAAUUGACAUUUAUUUUUAUAUAUCCAUAAAAUUGAUGCCAGCUGAUUCAUGAUUUCAACUGGCUGAGAAACGCUGCCUGCCUGUCUCUCGUCCCAACUCCCGACACGUCCGUUACUAUGCGACAGCUGGAGAUCGAAUUUGAAUAUUGAAACAAUGUUGCAAAUGUCGGAGAGACAGACAGCAAGGUUUAUACAAAUUACCGCUGUUGAAAACUAAAUGUUAGUCUAAAAGAAAUGUGAGAUAAUGUCUAGAUGCUUUUUAUAGUGGAGAUCAAGUUUAUAAAGUGCCUGGCUGGGCUGAUGACACAUGGGAUUGUGCAGUCAGAUGGAACAGAGUAAAUAGGCAUUUUAACGUGAUAGAUUAAGCCGGUGGUAAUUUGUGGAAUAGACACCGGUCACUUGAUGUCAUCCUACGGUUGUUGAGUGACAUUCGAAUGAGUUGGCGGUCAUCCCGGUCAGUAGAGAGUUGUUUUCGCCCUCUGCCGGUCUGUAGCUUUGUUGUCCCCAAUGUCUGCUGCUUGACCUUGUUCUUAUGAACCACCGUCUUUGAAAUUUUAAGGAUGGAAGCAACCUGACGCUCACUGUAUCCCUCUGCCAGUAAAGCCAGAAUUGAACCCUUCUUUUCCUCACUCAAAACUAUUGACCAUGCCAAAACUUUUGGCAUGGUCAAUAGUUAUUUUUUGAUUAAUAUUACUUUUGAGGUACUAUUAGCACUGUUUUUGCCAUCCAGCUGGUCCUAUUGCAAGAGGAUAGUGAUGACCACAGCAGUGGUUUUUAUACUUUUCCUCGUUAAAUAAGAUUAGGUUCAUGUGAUCACCUAAUCAGUACCUAAUUCAGUAGAAUGAGGUGUGCCUGUGUUGGAAUUCAACAGACACUGGAAUAGAAUGGCUGUCAUACAUGUAGAGAUGCUGAUUUAAGAAGAAUUUGCAGUGGUCUCUUAAUUUUUUCCAGAGCUGUAUAUUUCCUGAUCUUUUUUAUAUCCCAGCUUGGAUUCUUAUGGGUUCACUAGGUCUUUCUUUGCAGCACUUGACCACCUGACUGGACAAUAAUCAAGAUAAGACAAACCUAGAGCCUGCAGGACUUGCUUUUUGGAGUGCAGUGUCAAAAAAGCAGAGCAUUUUUUUUAUUAUGGGCAGACCUCUAAGGUAACACCAAGUAAUUUAGUGUCCUCAACUUGUUCAACAACCACACCAUUCAUUUACCAGAUUCAGCUGAACACUAGAGUUUAGGGGAUUGUUUGUAUCAAAUACAAUACUCUUAGUUUUAGAGAUGGUCAGGACCAGUUUAUUACUGGCCACCCCAUUCCAAAGCUGAGCUGUGGUUGCUUACACGUACAGUGGAGAGAACAAGUAUUUGAUACACUGCCGAUUUUGCAGGUUUUCCUACUUACAAGGCAUGUAGAGGUCUGUAAUUUUUAUCAUAGGUACACUUCAACUGUGAGAGACGGAAUCUAAAACAAAAAUCCAGAAAAUCACAUUGUAUGAUUUUUAAGUAAUUAAUUUGCAUUUUAUUGCAUGACAUAAGUAUUUGAUACAUCAGAAAAGCAGAACUUAAUAUUUGGUACAGAAACCUUUGCUUGCAAUUACAGAGAUCAUACGUUUCCUGUAGGUCUUGACCAGGUUUGCACACACUGCAGCAGGGAUUUUGGCCCACUCCUCCAUACAGACCUUCUCCAGAUCCUUCAGGUUUCGGGGCUGUCGCUGGGCAAUAUGGACUUUCAGCUCUCUCCAAAGAUUUUCUAUUGGGUUCAGGUCUGGAGACUGGCUAGGCCACUCCAGGACCUUGAGAUGCUUCUUACGGAGCCACUCCUUAGUUGCCCUGGCUGUGUGUUUUGGGUCGUUGUCAUGCUGGAAGACCCAGCCACGACCCAUCUUCAAUGCUCUUACUGAGGGAAGGAGGUUGUUGGCCAAGAUCUCGCGAUACAUGGCCCCAUCCAUCCAUCCUCCCCUCAAUACGGUGCAGUCGUCCUGUCCCCUUUCCAGAAAAGCAUCCCCAAAGAAUGAUGUUUCCACCUCCAUGCUUCACGGUUGGGAUGGUGUUCUUGGGGUUGUACUCAUCCUUCUUCUUCCUCCAAACACGGCGAGUGGAGUUUAGACCAAAAAGCUCUAUUUUUGUCUCAUCAGACCACAUGACCUUCUCCCAUUCCUCCUCUGGAUCAUCCAGAUGGUCAUUGGCAAACUUCAGACGGGCCUGGACAUGCGCUGGCUUGAGCAGGGGGACCUUGCGUGCGCUGCAGGAUUUUAAUACAUGAUGGCGUAGUGUGUUACUAAUGGUUUUCUUUGAGACUGUGGUCCCAGCUCUCUUCAGGUCAUUGACCAGGUCCUGCCGUGUAGUUCUGGGCUGAUCCCUCACCUUCCUCAUGAUCAUUGAUGCCCCACGAGGUGAGAUCUUGCAUGGAGCCCCAGACCGAGGGUGAUUGACCGUCAUCUUGAACUUCUUCCAUUUUCUAAUAAUUGCACCAACAGUUGUUGCCUUCUCACCAAGCUGCUUGCCUAUUGUCCUGUAGCCCAUCCCAGCCUUGUGCAGGUCUACAAUUUUAUCCCUGGUGUCCUUACACAGCUCUCUGGUCUUGGCCAUUGUGGAUAGGUUGGAGACUGUUUGAUUGAGUGUGUGGACAGGUGUCUUUUAUACAGGUAAUGAGUUCAAACAGGUGCAGUUAAUACAGGUAAUGAGUGGAGAACAGGAGGGCUUCUUAAAGAAAAACUAACAGGUCUGUGAGAGCCGGAAUUCUUACUGGUUGGUAGGUGAUCAAAUACUUAUGUCAUGCAAUAAAAUGCAAAUUAAUUACUUAAAAAUCAUACAAUGUGAUUUUCUGGAUUUUUGUUUUAGAUUCCGUCUCUCACGUGUACCUAUGAUAAAAAUGACAGACCUCUACAUGCUUUGUAAGUAGGAAAACCUGCAAAAUCGGCAGUGUAUCAAAUACUUGUUCUCCCCACUGUAUAUGGUUGAAUCCUCAGCAUACAUGGACAAACAGGCUUUUUUUAAUGCCAGUGGCAGGUCAUUGGUAAAAAUAGAAAAGAGUAGAGGGCCUAGAGAGCUGCCAUGUGGUACAGCACACCCUACAUGUUUAACAUUAGAGAUGCUUCCAUUAAAGAAAACUCUGAGUUUAGUUAGAUAGCUCUGAAUCCAAGAUAUGGCAGAGGUUGAAAAUCCAUAAAACAUAAGUUUUCUCAACAACAGGUUAUGGUCAAUAUCAAAGGCUGCACUGAAAUCUGACAGUACAGCUGCCACAGUCUUCUUAUUAUCAAUUACUUUCAACCAAUCAUCAUUAAUUUGUGUCAGUGCAGUACAUGUUGAGUGCCCUUCUCUAUAAGCAUGCUGAAAGUCUGUUGUCAAUUUGUUUAAAGAGAAAUAGCAUUGUAUUUGGGCAAACACAACAGUUUGCUAAGAGCUGGCAACAAGCUGAUAGGUCUGCUGUUAGAACCAGUAAAGGUCGCUUUACCACUCUUGGGUAGCGGAAUGACUUUGGCUUCCCUCCAGGCCUGAGGACAAAGACUUUCCUCUAGGCUCAGAUUAAAGAUAUGACUGCUAGGAGUGGCCAUAGUGAGUUACCAUCCUCAGUAACUUUCCAUCUAAGUUGUCCAUGCCAGGAGGUUUAUAACAAUAAUUUUUCCACCUCUCCCACACUAACUUUACAAAAUUCAAACUUGCAAUGCUUUUCUUUCAUUCUUUGUUUUUUAAUGCGUGAAUACGAUAGCUCACUGUUCAUUGUUGGCAUUUCCUGAAUAACGUAAUCAUUAAAAUAAUUAACAUCAAAUGGUUUUAUGAUGAAUAAACCAUCUGAUUCAAUGAACGAUGGAGUUGAAUUUUGUAAGGAUUGUACCCUUUUUUUUAAUUUUCGCCUAAAAUGACACCCAAAUCUAACUGCCUGUAGCUCAGGACCUGAAGCAAGGAUAUGCAUAUUCUUGACACCAUUUGAAAGGAAAGACUUUGAUGUUUGUGGAAAUGUGAAAUUAGUGUAGGUGAAUAUAACACAUUAGAUCUGGUAAAAGAUAAUACAAACCAAAAAACAUGCAUUUUCAAUCAUCUUUGAAAUGCAAGGGAAAGGCUGCAAUAUAAUAUUGCAGUUUAGGCGCAAUUUAGAUGUUGGCCACUAGAUGGCAGCAGUGUGUUCAAAGUUUCAGAUAGAUCCAGUGAAGCAUUGCAAUACUGGACUAUUUUGUAUGAAGUCUGCCCAAAUGUGCCGAAUUGGUCAAUUGAUACAUUUCCAAGUACAUAACUAUAGAGAACAUACAAAAAUUAUAUGGUAAUACAUUUACAUUUACGUCAUUUAGCAGACGCUCUUAUCCAGAGCGACUUACAAAUUGCUGCAUUCAACUUAUGAUAGCCAGUGGGACAACCACUUUUUUUGUAUUAUUAUUAUUAUCAUUUUUUGUGGGGGGGGGUAGAAGGAUUACUUUUCUACUAUUCCAGGUAUUCCUUAAAGAGGUAGGGUUUCAAGUGUCUCCGGAAGGUGGUCAGUGACUCCGCUGUCCUGGCGUCGUGGGGGAGCUUGUUCCACCAUUGGGGUGCCAGAGCAGCGAAUAGCUUUGACUGGGCUGAGCAGGGACCGUGCUUCCGUAGAGGUAAGGGGGCUAGCAGGCCAGAGGUGGAUGAACGUAGUGCCCUCGUUUGGGUGUAGGGUCUGAUCAGAGCCUGAAGGUAAGGAGGUGCCGUUCCCCUCACAGCGCCGUAGGCAAGCACCAUGGUCUUGUAGUAGAUGCGAGCCUCAACUGGAAGCCAGUGGAGUGUGCGGAGGAGCGGGGUGACAUGAGAGAACUUGGGAAGGUCGAACACCAGACGGGCUGCAGCGUUCUGGAUAAGUUGUAGGGAUUUAAUGGCACAGGCAGGGAGCCCAGCCAACAGCGAGUUGCAGUAAUCCAGACGGGAGAUGACAAGUGCCUGGAUUAGGACCUGUGCCGCUUUCUGUGUAAGGUAGGGUCGUACUCUGCGAAUGUUGUAGAGCAUGAACCUGCAGGAUCGGGUCACCGCAGCUCCGUCUUGCCGAGGUUCAGCUUGAGGUGGUGAUCCGACAUCCACACUGAUAUGUCUGCCAGACAUGCAGAGAUGCGAUUCGCCACCUGGUUAUCAGAAGGGGGAAAGGAGAAAAUUAAUUGUGUGUCGUCUGCGUAGCGAUGAUAGGAGAGACCAUGUGAGGAUAUGACAGAGCCAAGUGACUUGGUGUAUAGAGAGAAUAGGAGAGGGCCUAGAACUGAGCCCUGGGGGACACCAGUGGUGAGAGCACGUGGUGCGGAGACAGAUUCUCGCCACGCCACCUGGUAGGAGCAACUUGUCAGGUAGGACGCAAUCCAAGAGUGAGCAGCGCCGGAGAUGCCCAACUUGGAGAGGGUGGAGAGGAGGAUCUGAUGGUUCACAGUAUCAAAGGCAGCAUAUAGGUCUAGAAGGAUGCAGAGGAGAGUGAGUUUUUUUUUUCUUCUUUUUUUUUAAUGGGGUAGAUCAGCUUAAUAUUGCAGAUUGAUGGAAGUUACAAUCUAUGUAAUUGUCUGCAUCACUUCCAAUCCCCCAUGUUUUUAUAUAUAUAUAUAUAUAUAUACACAUAGUGGCACAGUGGUCUAAGGCACUGCAUCGCAGUGCUAGCAGUACUAGCUGUGCCACUAGAGAUCCUGGUUCGAAUCCAGGCUCUGUCGUAGCCGGCCGUGACCGGGAGACCCAUGGGGCGGCGCACAAUUGGCCCAGCGUCGUCCAGGGUAGGGGAGGGAAUGGCAGGCAGGGAUGUUGGUAGAGCAUGACGUUUGCAACGCCAGGGUUGUGGGUUCGAUUCCCGCGGGGGGCCAGUAUGAAAAAAUAUAUAUAAUAUGUAUGCACUCACUAACUGUAUGUCGCUCUGGAUAAGAGCGUCUGCUAAAUGACUAAAAUGUAAAAUGUAAAUGUACAUACAUACAUAUCCUUUAAAAAAUAUAUAUUCCCCUUUAUUACUUUCCAACCCCACCACCAUUUCCCUACUUGGAGUAAACUAGUGAACAGGAGAGGAGAGAGAGUUAGCUUUAGCAGUGCGGAGAGCCUCCGUGACACAGAGAAGAGCAGUCUCAGUUGAAUAACCAGUCUUGAAACCUGACUGGUUUGGAUCAAGAAGGUCAUUCUGAGAGAGAUAGCAGGAGAGUUGGCUAGAGACGGCACGCUCAAGAGUUUUGGAGAGAAAAUAAAUAAGGGAUACUGGUCUGUAGUUGUUUACAUCGGAGGGAUCGAGUGUAGGUUUUUUGAGGAGGGGUGCAACUCUCACUCUCUUGAAGACGGAAGGGACAUGGCCAGCGGUCAAGGAUGAGUUGAUGAGCAAGGUGAGGUAAGGGAGAAGGUCUCCGGAAAUGGUCUGGAGAAGAGAGGAGGGGAUAGGGUCAAGCGGGCAGGUUGUUGGGUGGCUGACCGUCACAAGUCGCAAGAUUUCAUCUGGAGAGAGAGAGGGGAGAAAGAAGUCAAAGCAUAGGGUAGGGCAGUGUGAGCAGGACCAGUGAUGUCAUUUGACUUAAUAAAUGAGGAUCGGAUGUCGUCAACCUUCUUUUCAAAAUGGUUGACGAAGUCAUCCAAUGGUUGACGUAAUACAAAAUGUAAGUUUAAGCACUCCCAGGAAUGUCAUACAUGAUGGAUCAUUAGCUUAUACACUAACUUUCACACAUUUAGAUGGCGGGGUGGGUGUGGAGCCAGAGAACCGGGGUUCAAACUGUAGAAUAUAAAAAUAGAUUUUAUCGAACAAAACUAUGCUACAUUUUAUCUCUGGGACCCUUAGGAUGAUAAAUCAGAUUACUGAAUGAUCGUGGGCUUCAGGAAACAGCAGAGGGUGCACCCCCCUAUCCACAUCAACGGGACCGCAGUGGAGAAGUUGGAAAGCUUCAAGUUCCUUGGCGUACACAUCACUGACAAACUGAAAUUAUCCACCCAUGCAGACAGUGUGGUGAAGAAGGCGCAACAGAGCCUCUUCAAUCUCAGGAGGCUGAAGAAAUUUAGCUUGGCACCUAAAACCCUCACAAACUUUUACAGAUGCACAAUUGAGAGCAUCCUGUCUGGCUGUAUCACCGCCUGGUACGGCAACUGCACCGCCCGCAACCGCAGGGCUCUCCAGAGGGUGGUGUGGUCUGCCGAACGCAUUACCGGGGGCAAACUACCCGCCCUCCAAGACACCUACAGCACCCGAUGUCACAGGAAGGCCAAAAAGAUAAUCAAGGACAUCAACCACCCGAGCCACUGCCUGUUCACCCCGCUAUCAUCCAGAAGGCGAGGUCAGUACAGGUGCAUCAAAGCUGGGACUGAGAGAAUGGAAAAACAGCUUCUAUCUCAAGACCAUCAGACUGUUAAAUAGCCAUCACUAGCACAUUAGAGGCUGCUGCUGCCUAUUGAAAUCACUGGACACUUUAAGAAAUGGAACACUAGUCACUUUAAUAAUGUUUACAUAUCUUGCACUACUCAUCUCAUAUGUAUAUAUUGUAUUCUAUUCUAUAAUAUUCUACUGUAUCUUAGUCCAUGCCGCUCUGUCAUUGCUUGUCCAUAUAUGUAUAUAUUCUUAAAUUCCAUUCCUUACUAGAUUUGUGUGUAUUGGGUAUAUGUUGUGAAAUUGUUAGAUAUUACUUGUUAAAUAUUACUGCACUGUCGGAGCUAGAAGCAUAAGCAUUUCGCUACACCCGCAAUAACAUCUGCUAAACAUGUGUAUGUGACAAAUAAAAUUUGAUUUGAUUUGAAUGUAAGUACAUUAUUUACCUUCAGAGGUGAAUGUAUCAAACCAGUUGCCGUGAUAAGUUUUUUGUUGUUGUGCACUCUCCUCAAACAAUAGCAUGGUAUUUUUUCAAUGUAAUAGCUACUGUAAAUUGGACAGUGCAGUUAGAUUAACAAGAAUUUAAGCUUUCUGCCCAUAUAAGACAUGUCUAUGUCCUGGAAAGUUUGCUGUUACUUAUGACAGUCAUGCUAAUCACAUUAGCUCACGUUAGCUCAACCGUCCCGUAUAUGGGACACUGAUCCCAUAGAGGUUAAAGUACUCAAAAGUUUUGAUCUUGACUUCAUAAUACAGUUUAUUUUUCUUUUUGUUCAGUUUAGUCACAUAAUUUCUCAAUUUGCAGUAAGUCAGCCAGUCAGAUGUGCAGCCAGGCUUAUUAGUCACUUAUUGAUGGCUGCCUUGCUGCGAUUAUAACUAGUCCCUCAUCCAUCAUCCACCUCACCUGGCCCUUGUGGUCGCCAUGACAAUGGCCAUGCGUCCUGAAGGUCGUCAAGGCGACGAGAGGCCAGGGAGCGUGCCAAUUGGCCAUGCGCAACUCAAAGACCUAUCCUGUUCUGAAUCUGAACUGAUGAUGAUUCAGGACUUUAUGGGCUCUCUGCUUUACUGAAGGCGGCAGCUAUUCUCUCACAGCUCUACAGCUCGCCAUAGAAAAGGACAAGCCCUCUUAGCACUUGUUUCCAUUCUGUUGAAUGAUUUUGUGUAUAAACUAAUGAUUUAGUAUUGAAUCAGGUCCUUCUGGACUCUUUCUAGGCCAGCAGUGCCCACAGCCUUUUCUUCUUCCUCUCGAUUCACCUUGCUGAAUAUUGACAGCAUUGUCUCUAAGCAGUGGCAAGGAAACAAAGCACAUGUAACUUCUUUAGGAAAACAGCCCUAAUGUUGGAAACAAACAUCAUGUUGUUGUCCUCAUAGUCACAUUUAUUUAUUUUCCAAGUUAUAGCGCAAUAUUUUACAUACAGCAGGUUUUUAAAGGACCAAAGAGUUUGAUCUGCUUUGUGUUUUCAUUUUUGCCAUGGACAUUUUUUUGCGAUUCUAGUAUCGUCACAGCCCUAGUCUUAGAUCAGUUGAGUGUUUUAGUGGAUGAUAGUAAGUUUGCCAUUAAAGAUUAGUAAUUACCCUAACCCUAAUUAUGAACCCACUCAUGAAUACUGAUUCUAGAUCAGAUUAUGGGAGCUCCAGUCAGAUGAAAUAUGAGGGAAAGCUGACAUUUGAACAGAUUAGGAUGCCGAUGAUUACUGAUGGGGAUUGUUUUUAUUAAAGCUUAUCCCAGUACAGAACAUCCCUCCUCCCUUCCCCCUCCUCACCUUCCCCUCCUCCUCUCCCCCGGUGCAGUGUUUCAGAGACCCUUGUGUAAUUAACAUGGAGACGUCUUUAGUAGAGGGGGAGGGAUGGAGGGAUAGAAGAGGAUGAGGGAGGGGUGGAGGUGGGCCGGUCCUAUCUCAGCUUGAAGGACAAAGACGUUGGGUUUUGGCGAGGAAAGAGAGGGAGCCACCAUGUGUGAGGGACAAAGGAGAAGAGGCCUUAAUCAGGACUCCCUCUCUCUCUCUCUCUCCUUCUCCCUUACUUUCUCACUCACCGAACUAGGCCUAAUCCUAAUGAUGCUAGCUCACUCCAGUCCUUUAUUCAAAUGACAGUUUGGGCUGUCUGUCUGACAUGACAGCAAGUUUUACAUAUAGGCCCAGUGACACACACACACACACAUACAGACACAAAAUAUUAGCUCUUUUUAAUCUUGCACCAAAACAGUUUUUAACACAUGAUUGUAUUUAGAAUUGUUGCGCAAUGAAUGGGCCUGUAAAAGCACAUGUUUUACUCCAGCAGCAACCAGCUGAGGAGCUGCAGGAGAAAUCCCUUUCAAAUUAGGGUCUGUAUGCUGUGUGUGUGUGAUAGUUGUGUUGGAUAAAUAAGAUUAUAUGAUGACUAACGAAAAUACACACAAGCCAAUUUAAUUCCACUAAAUUAUGCACAUUAACCUAUAGACCGAUAACCAUGAUGGUCAAAUGAAUUUACAUCGACUGGUAAUUCAAAAAUCAUAUUUCUGGCUAACGGAAACCCUGACACACGCACUCAUCAUGAACACCCUUGAUUAUUACAUAAACACCCAGCAUAGCUGCCCUAAAUAUACACAUACUCAUGGUCUCCUAUUCACAUAAUCUCCUACGUAUGCACUCUGAUAAUGAUAUUCUAUCUCUAAUCUACUACUAUGCAUUCAUGUGUACAACAUUCAGAUUCAUGCAAUAUGUUAAGGAUACUACUGAAUUAAUAAUCAGGCGCUCUUACCAGACUGUGGGUAUCAUGCUUAAUCAGUGUCAUCAUUAAAAUGAAAAGAUGUUGCAGUUCGGUGCGUGCCUGAUUUGUUUGCUGGCCAUUGCGCAGAUUUUUUUCCCCAAUUAAUAUGGAAGUUUGCUGAAUGUUCAUGUAAUUACAACCCACACACAUAGAUAGGCCUAAUAUUUUGGGUACCCUAUAUGGUUGAAUGUGGUUAGAUGAUUCCCUGUACUGUAGGUAGGUGAAUUCACCUGGUGUGUGUUCAUUAGUGUUGCUGCUGCACAGGCAGGUAUACACACAGCUGUCUCCAGAGUAAUGGUUCUUAUUCAUUUCAAUUUGUGGAGCUGCCACAUUGGAGCUGCCCUUAUUCCCCUUAGCCUACCGCUCCUUCUGUGGGGGAUGUGUGUGUGUGUGUGUUUAACAGCAGGUUUUAUGGGGGACCAUAAUAGACAACCCCAUUUGAUAGGUCUUUUCCCAGUGCCCCCUUCCUUCCUCCAUCUCCCCCUCCCCCUCCCCUUCGCCUUCUCUCCUCUCUCCAGCAGCAGUCAGUCAGUGGGUGCGUUUCUCUGCCCAGGCAUUGUUGACGCAUGCCAGGUCUUAACGCCUGGAUAGGUAUUUUAAGUAUCAGCUAACCACAUAUGUUAUAGCAAUCUCACCCUUAGCAGCAUUGGAAAAAAGCGGAUGUUGCCGGUUUUCAGGAAUACAGUAUUUUUAACAUAACUUCCGAUUCCUCUGCUCAGGCGUCUUUCUUCACCUGAUACGUUAUGUUAGAGCAAUCUGGUACCCGACAGCACAGUUGAUGACGUGGCACGCAACUAUUGGUUGAUGCAUGCAACGUCUGAGCAGGGGAACGCGACCAGUGUUUCGCAGGGCUCCUGACAUCACUCACUGUUUGCAUAGCUAUAGACUUACCCACCGGCCUGCCUACAGGAUUGCAGUAUCUGCUUUCAGCUUUUUUACCCGGGACAGCUCGCCUCUCGUUCUCGGCUGCACGGACAUAUACAAAGCGAGAACGAGCGAGAGAAACAGAGGAUAGUAGGAGACAACAAGAGGAGUAGAGGAAAGUGAGAGCUAGCUGCAGCAGGCAGGCAGCUCCUUCUCUGUCUGGAUUUUAACACGUUUGUUUUCUGUGGAGAAGGAUUUCUAUUGUUGGAGGGUUUUUCUUCCCUCUCCUGAGGCCCCUGUUCAGCGGCUGGACUGAGUGUGUGUGUGUGUUUUGGGAGCUGUGUGUGUGGAGGAAGGCCGUUUAGCGGCUACGGGAGCGGAGCGCCAAGCUUGCGAGCGAGCGGAGCAUCUGGGUGUCUGAAAGCCAGGGCAGGCCGGCUGGCUGCAUUGUGUGCUUUGAUGACCCCCGCUGUGUAGCUGCCUGCUCAUCAACCCCCCUCCCUCUCUCUCUCCCUCCCUCUUCCCUCUCUCCCUCUCUCCUCUAUCUCCAUCGCAGCUCCCGGCCCAGCCAUGUUUGGCACAGAGUCCUCAUGUAAGUACCGUAUCGCCAUCCUCCAGCCUCAUCUGUCUUUCUCUCUGUGUGUUGUGUAUUAUUGUCUGGUGUUACGGUGUCUGCUCGCUUCAUUCUGCGCUCUCCCUGUCCUCUCUCCAUCCCUCUCUUUUUCCCCUUUCUCUGUCCUUCGUGUUGUUUUCAAUGUUUCCUGAUGACAGAUUGCUCGGCAAGAAAGCUGGGAUCUACCAUUUUGCAUAAAGGGUCUAUGAUAGAUUUUUGCAUCACAAUCAGCUAUCUCUCUCUCAAUCCCUUCCUCCGCCUUACUUCCCUCCCCUCCUUUAUUUCAGUUUUUUUCCCCACCAGUCUUCCUGCACGCCUCCAUGUUUAUCCCAGAUUUAUCCUGUGAUGCAGUGUAUUCUCUUCUCACAUCUCUAAAUGGAAUGGCUUGGCUAGCUAGCCUGAAAUAGACACAGUUACUGACUCUCUCUGUGUGCAUGUUAUAUGCGUGCAUUCCACGUAAUGUUUUAUAGAUAGAUGAAUGGAUCAGGUUUUUCUACAGUUUGCUUUCAGAACCCUCCUGCCAUUGCAGGUAGUUUUCUCAAUCUCAAUCUCCAUCACUCUCCUGCUCAGUCAGGUGACAUUGAGAGGGGUGAAUGUAGCAUUUCCACAUGCUACAUGUGCUAAAAGUUAGGAGCACCAGAAAAUAUUUACCUGUAUUGGGCCUUUAUGUAUUCUAGCUACUUCUGAAGCACAUGUUGUGCCCUAUAAACUAUGUAACAAUGUAAAUACAUUUAUUUAUUAUAAAAAGCUAAAAUGUUGAUGAAUGGAAGAGAUCAGUCAUUAAUGAAUUGCUAUGAUCAUUGAUCUCCAGAAGAAACUAUCCCUUUCUUUCUGUGUCCUCAAACGUUCGGAUAUACACUACUGGUCAAAAGUUUUAGAACACCUACUCAUUCAAGGGUUUUUCAUUAUUUUUACUAUUUUCUACAUUGGAGAAUAAUAGUGAAAACAUCAAAACUAUGAAAUAACACAUAUGGAAUCAUGUAGUAACCAGAAAAGUGUUAAACAAAUCAAAAUAUAUUUUAUAUUUGAGAUUCUUCAAAUAGCCACCCUUUGCCUUGAUGUCAGCUUUGCACACUCUUGGCAUUCUCUCAACCAGCUUCACCUGGAAUGCUUUUCCAACAGGCUUGAAGGAGUUCCCACAUAUGCUGAGCACUUGUUGGCUGCUUUUCCUUCACUCUGCGGUCCGACUCAUCCCAAACCAUCUCAAUUUGGUUGAAGUUGGGGGAUAGUGGAGGCCAGGUCAUCUGAUGCAGCACUCCAUCACUCUCCUUCUUGGUAAAAUAGCCCUUACACGGCCUGGAGGUGUGUUGGGUCAUUGUCCUGUUGAAAAACAAAUGAUCGUCCCACUAAGCCCAAACCAGAUGGGAUGGCGUAUUGCUGCAGAAUGCUGUGGUAGCCAUUCUGGUAAAGUGUGCCUUGAAUUCUAAAUAAAUCACAGACAGUGUCACCAUAACACCUCCUCCAUGCUUUACGGUGGGAAAUACACAUGCGGAGAUCAUCCGUUCACCCACACCACGUCUCACAAAGACACGGCGGUUGGAACCAAAAAUCUCAAAUUUGGACUCCUUACCAAAGGACACAUUUCCACCGGUCUAAUGUCCAUUGCUCGUGUUUCUUGGCCCAAGCAAGUCUCUUCUUAUUAUUGGUGUCCUUUGGUAGUGGUUUCUUUGCAGCAAUUCGACCAUGAAGGCCUGAUUCACACAGUCUCCUCUGAACAGUUGAUGUUGAGCUGUGUCUGUUACUUGAACUCUGUGAAGCAUUUAUUUGGGCUGCAAUUUCUGAGGCUGGUAACUCUAAUGAACUUAUCCUCUGCAGCAGAGGUAACUCUGCGUCUUCCUUUCCUGUGGCGGUCCUCUUGAGAGCCAAUUUCAUCAUAGCGCUUGGUGGUUUUUGCGACUGCACUUGAAGAAACCUUCAAAGUUCUUGAAAUGUUGUCUUAAAGUAAUGAUGGACUGUCGUUUCUCUUUGCUUAUUUGUUAUUAGUUUUGAUGUCAUCACUAUUAUUCUACAAUGUAAAAAUAUUAAAAAUAUAGAAAAACCCUUGAAUGAGUAGGUGUACUAAAACUUUUGACCGGUAGUGUAAAUUAGACCAACUUCUAUGCCUGUGCACAGCGCUUCUAAAAUUGAAACUUUCACUCAGCUCUUCACGUGCGCACAGCCCCCAGCCAGGCAGUGUUGCAGCUCGAGGUGGGAUAGGCUAUAUAGGAUUAAUUUACCAUCUAUGACAUGAAACGGCAGACAUUUUGAAAACAGCUACUGCCGCAUUUAUUUUACUAUAAAUGUGAUCAUACUUGACUGUUUUUAUUCAUAAAUGCGAGUGAAAUGCUUGCACUGUGGAGCCCUGACCACCCGCCAACAUGGCUAGUGAAAUUAACAUCUUACCGGCCAAUGCCAAAAUCUAUCCGCAUUUAUCAGGUGGCAGGUGUUAAUUUUAGGCCCCGGACGGUCACAGUAAGCACACACAUACAACUCAUACAAGCAACAGUACACUUAUCUGUACUUUUAAUAAAAAAAUAAAAAAUCGUCAGUUUUAUAACUGAAAAUGUACAAUUAUUUGUGUAAACAAACAGUAAAAUACGACUCAGACUCAUCCAAACUCUCGUGGUAUGGUAGUUGCGUGUCAAGAAACGGACAGAAACACAGCUCAAUCAAAACCGUCUAACCUGUAGCAGAGUGCGUUCAACACAUCCACUCCUUUCCACACGCCCACUACGUUCCUUUCGACACACCCACUCCUUUCCACACGCCCACAUCUUUCCUUUCGUCAGCUACCCCCUUCUCAAUCGUACAGCAAAAUUUAGGAGUAAGUUCAUUCGGAAAGUAUUCAGACCCUUUCACUUGUUCCACAUUUCGUUACGUUACAGCCUUAUUCUAAAAUGGAUUAAAAAUAUAUAUCAAUCUACACACAAUACCCCCAUAAUGACAAAGCGAAAACAGGUUUUCCAUUUUUUUUGCACAUUGAUUACAUCUCCUUGAGAUGUUUCUACAACUUGAUUGGAGUCCACCUGUGGUAAAAUCAAUUGAUUGGACAUGAUUUGGAAAAGCACGCACCUGUCUAUAUAAGGUCCCACAGUUGACAGUGCAUGUCAGAGCAAAAACCAAGCCAUGAGAUCGAAGGAAUGGUCCGUAGAGCUCCGAGACAGGAUUGUGUAUGCAACAUUGAAGGUCCCCAAGAACACAGUUUGGAACCACCAACACCCGGCCAAACUGAGCAAUCGGGGGAGAAGGGCCUUGGUCAGGGAGGUGACCAAGAACCCGAUGGUCACUCUGACAGAGCUCCAGAGUUCCUCUGUGGAGAUGGGAGAACCUUCCAGAAGGACAAACAUCUCUGCAGCACUCUACCAAUCAGGCCAUUAUGGUAGAGUGGCCAGACGGAAGCCACUCCUCAGUAAAAGGCACAUGACAGCCCGCUUGGAGUUUGCCAAAAAGGACUCUCAGACCAUGAGAACAAGAUGUUAUGGUCUGAUGAAACCAAGAUUGAACUCUUUGGCCUGAAUGCCAAGAGUCUUGUCUGGAGGAAACCAGGCACCGCUCAUCACCUGGCCAAUACUGUCCCUACGGUGAAGCAUGGUGAUGGCAGCAUCAUGCUGUGAGGAUGUUUUUCAGCGGCAGGGACUGGGAGACUAGUCAGGACCAAGGGAAAGAUGAGUGGAGCAAAGUACAAAGGGAUCCUUGAUGAAAACCUGCUCCAGAGUGCUCAGGACCUCAAACUCGGACGAAGGUUCACCUUCCAACAGGACAAUGACCCUAAGCACACAUCCAAGACAAUGCAGGAGUGCCUUCGGGAAUAGUCUCUGAAUGUCCUUGAGUGGCCCAGCCAGAGCCCGGACUUGAACCCGAUCAAACAUAUCUGGAGAGACCUGAAAAUAACUGCAGAGACGCUCCCCAUCCAACCUGACAGAGCUUGAGAGGAUCUACAGAGAAGAAUGGGAUAAACUCCCCAAAUACAGGUGUGCCAAGCUUGUAGCGUCAUACCCAAGAAGACUCUAGGCUGUAAACGCUGCCAAAGGUGCUUCAACAAAGUACUAUUUAAAGGGUCUGAAUACUUUAUGUAAAUGUCAGUUUCAUUUCUAAAAACCUGUUUUUACUUUGUCAUUAUGGGGUAUUGUAUGUAGAUUGAUGAGGAAAAAAAAUAUGUAAUCCAUUUAAGAAUAAGGCAGUAACGUAACACAAUUUGGAAAAAGUAAAGGGGUCUGAAUUCUUUCUGAAUGCACUUUAUAUGCAAAAAAAAUGGUCGCAUUUAGAGCCCUGGCUAGCAUACAUGCUAUCUUAGGCUUGAUGUAUAGCAGCAGUGUUUGGAUUGGUGUGGGCGGGCACCUCACUGUAGACCAGGGGUUGAGUGUUUUCUUCGUUUUUUGGGAGGGGCCCCCCAAAGUUUUUAGCAAUUGUCUUUCAUUUAGGGAAUCCGUUAAAGUAUUCCCACAAGUAAAAAAAUUAAUAUGUGACCGUGUCUUAAUGUAACAAAGGUAUGAAAUGAUUGUUAUUUUCAAAUAUAUUCUCUUUCUGGGCUUAGUUGUGGUCAAUUUUCAGUGUGUAAAUUAUUAUAAUUAGGUUCCGGCCCCCCGACCAUCCACUCCGACAAAAAUCAGCCCCCGGCUGAAUCUAGUUGCCUACCCUUGCUGUAGACUGUACCCCCCCCCCCCCCCCCCCCCCCUCCUCACCGUCAGUUUGAGGAGCUGUCACACUGAUCUGCAGGUGGUCCGCUGUUCCAGCUAAUCUACUUGCCCCCCUCACCCCUGUCCUCUGUCCCCGUGAGAGGACCCCUUCCCCUUUUUGAUCAGUCCCAUGAUGCCCCUGAAUCUACCAGCACGAUGCCACAAGGAAUUUCCAUGGCUGUGAUCUAAUAGAAAUUGUUGUGGUCACACAGUCACAGUGCCAAAGUUAGGCUACUUCUUUCUCUCUCCUGGAAGUCAGAUUAGAGAUUGCGUGCAAUAGUCCAGCAGCAAGCAACCAGAGUCCCUUUCUGUUACCAGUUUCCCUGGCUUCUAAACAGAGAGCGGAGUGGAGUGGACUAGUCAUGCAUCAAAAUGCAGUUUCCUCGUAUCAUAUCAUCUGAAUUUAAUAUUUUCAUUUGAGAAAUUGUAUGGUGGUUAAGUGGAUACGGAUGUUCUGUUAUCUAUCUGAAGAUUUGAUUUCAACAGUUGUUUGAGUCCUGUUCCGCAGGAGUCUCGCUAAAGGUCGUUCUGACCUGUUGUUGUCUUUAAGAACUUAGUGUAGGUCUGAAGCCAAAAGUUGCAUCAGUGGAGGGUCAUUACAUGCCACUAUUAAUCAACUACUACAAUGCUUAGUGUACCUGGUGUGUCAGAAAGCAGAGUCAGUGAGUUGGCACACAUACACACAGGUUUGUUGUUAGGUUUGGGUAUUGACUGCUGCUGCUCUUUCCUGGUUUCAUUUCAAUUGCCUUUUGCACUACACUGUAGAGUGUAGAGGUUGCUAUGGGAAAUGCACCUAGAAAUGGUGGAUGUACAUAAUGUACAGAGUGGAUACAGAACAGCACCAAAAGGAGGCUGAAUGUGUUGUUGUGUUGAUUUUGCGAGGGUAUGUGUUUUGGUAAAGAAUGAGCUGACUACAGCCACACAAGUCUGACCCCAUGGUCCAAGCCACCUUACUUUACUGUGAUGGGUCACUUUUAUCCUUUGGCCAUCAUAUUAGACUGAACCACUUACCCAACUGAGAUAUUUUAUAGACCAAGAAACUCAUCUUAUAAUGGCGUCCUUGUGUAUGUAUUGUGUGAGGCACUGCAUUUUUUUUGGUGAAGGUGACCUGUAGUUAAAGACUGAGUGGUAUUGAUUGAUUGAUCUCUGCCUCAGUAUGCAGCUUUGGUAUGAAAACUGCUAACCAUAUGAUAUCAGCAGUCUAAGAUGGACACCACUACAAUAUACUCACAUAGUAUGAUAAUGUUCAUGUGUAGGCCAUUACAAUAUACCUGGCUGCACAGUCAGAUGACAACAUAUAAAUGCACACUUAUUAAUAUGAGAAUAUAAUAUAAUACGCCUAUCACUUGGACUUCAUUUGUUUGCUACGCUGCUAAAAAUAAGGGUGCUUUGCACAGUUCUAUAUAUCAUUAUAAACUUUUUGAGAGCCAUAUGAAGCAAUCACCAUCGCUUCUAGCAGUGUACAGUGUAGUGUAGCAACUUCAGUUGCCACAAAGAAGUGCAUCAAGUCAGAACUGGAGUGGGGGACUACCACCACUUGUGGACGUUAGUUGACGCCUGUUGUCCAAACAGUUCCUGGCCAUGCAUGGGUCUAUUCUAGUUGUUGUUUGUUGAGCCUCAGGGCAGUGUAGGGUUAGCUAGGUGCUUACUGAAAGGGGCAGUAUGAUAAAGGCAUACACAACUCUGAAGGCAACCAGCUGCCUCUCUCUGUUGCAGUGGUUACCAGGCCUGCCUCCGAGUGGUAGAAACGGAUAGCUCAGGGUCAGGUUCCUGUGGUAACUGCUGACUACUGCAAUUUUUGUUCUAGUAGCUAGGUUUCCAUCCAAAUGGUGACAGAUUUUCAUACGAAUAUUCUAAAAUCCGCAUAAAAAUGAUAUAUGCAUUUUCCCAAUUGUGGUGUGUUUCCAUCAAACUGACUUGUUGCGGAUAAAAUGCUGAACAUUAUGACGUAGUCCACAUAAAAAGCACUUUUGCGGUUAAUGGCACCCUCCAGAGGAAGUUACUGCCCCUAUUUCGACUUAAUUCCUGUCCUAGAGCGGAAAAGAAUAACCUAGGCUCCUAAUACAUAUUCACGAAUUGGGGGUGGGAACAUCGUGGAGUUGAGAAAAAACAACAAAUAGGGCAUUGACAGCUGUCAGUGUACCUAGCUAGCAUGCUAACCUCAUCUAGCUAGCUAUCUUGCUAACCUUAUCUAGCUAGCUAUCUUGCUAACCUUAUCUACUUAGCUAAUGUUAUCUGUUGUUGCUGUUUUUUUUAACUACACCAUAUUCAAAAGAUUAGCCAGCUGGCUAGGCUAUGGCUGGUUCUGGAGCUGGAUUUGUCAUAAGCAUUUAGGGAAAACUUCUCCACAGAUGGACGGGGGAAACCAGUAUCUUUGAGUUUGCCAUCUGUUAUCUCCAAAGUUUUGGCAUUUUCCAUAAAUUGCGGCUGUGAAUCCGCCAUAUAAAUAGUUCGAAAGAUGAAGCUCCGGUAAUAUGGAUAACUGAGGGUUACUUUCGUAACCCAUUCUUUUAUAAUAUGAGUGAGAUGUAUCACUAUGGGGAAUCGCCAGGAUCACCAAUACUCUCGGAAGGACCUAACAAAAGCAUCUGCUGGAGACAGACCGGUAGAGUGGCGAAUGAGGUGAGCCACUUACCGCCUUAUAAUGAGCCACUCUCCUGCCCUCUGGUCAUUCUCAAGCAUGCUUCUCUUCCUCGCACUCUUGCGAGCAGGAGAAUGUUGUGAUACAUCAUUCAUAUUAUCAGAAAAUCAGGGUUACGAAAGUAACCUUAAAUUCUCUUUCAAAAACUAGUUUCAAUGUAUAACUAUGGGGAUAUGGCCAACUCCCGUAUCGCAAAACAUGCUCUCCGAAGCCAGCGUAGUCCCAACAUCAGGGAGUGCUCACAAAGUAGGUGCAGAAACAAGCCGUCGAGGGGAAAAAAACUCAUAACAAAGUGAGGGGAAGCCCAAUACGUGGCGCACAAAAUCUCAGUUUAAUGAGAUAUGUCCCAAAAACAGUGCCCAAGAGGUAAACUCUAUAAGAGCGGACCCUUUCAGGCCCUCGCCAUUAUAAAUUAAUAUAAUAGCCCCCAUGAUCCAGCAAGAUACCUCUUUCGAGGGUGAUUGCCCAAAGAGCUAAGAGCAUAACACCCUUGCAUAACACCCCCUUGAGGAAUAUUACAUCUCUAUGCUUCACAGCGGCUAGUAGCUGCUCUGAAAGGAUCUUAAUCACAAUAGACGACAUGUCCCAGAACGAGCUAAAGUCUUAGAGACUGGGUGUAAGCGACGUGCCCCCCCUAAAAACAACAUAACAGUUAUGGAUAAACUGCAGACAUAGAGGAGCCCAAACUACAACGGAGGAGGGGCGGCUUCACUGCUCUCGGGGCCUGAAGGCGGGAGAUCGGUGUUGUCAGCCCCCAUCUCCUAAACUAUCUCGAGGAUAUCCGUGAGAUUAAUCACAUCGUCAUCCUCGUCAUCCCAUAGCUCGCCUUCCCCUGACACGACGUCGUCAGACUGUGAGGGGAGGGAAUCAAGGCUAUCCAUGACCUUGCCCCAACUCGGUUCGGUUGCGGGGAGCAGAGCCUUCGCUGUUGGCUCGGAGGCGAGAGGGGCUAUAGAGAGAGCUUGUUUAAGCCUCCUCCCCAGACCUGCAGUUUGCAGUGCUCACAGGACUCGGCAUGUUCCUUUCCCAAGCAAUUGAUGCAUUGAGGGUGGGAAUCCUUCCAUGCAAUCAUGGAACCGCAAGCGCAAAAACGUGGGGGUUUGAGUGCUGGGCUAGGCUCAUCUUGGGAUGGGAUAGUAGUGGCCAUUGUGAGGAACAAGGCUUGCUAGGAGAAAGAAGCAACGCCUGUUGUAAGAACAACGUGUAGACGCUGUAGGCUAGCUAGUUAGAAGCCUCGUGGCUGGUGGCUAGCAGACGGUAGCUUGUGUAAACAGCGUUAUAAGCUAGCUAGUUAGAAGCCUUGCGGCUAAUAGCUAGCAAUAAUAAGCACAGUAGAACGCUAUAACCUUUAGAACGUUUUAGACAGUAUUCAGACCCUUUGCUAUGAGACUUGAAAUUGAGCUCAGGUGCAUCCUGUUUCCAUUGAUCAUCCUUAAGAUGUUUCUAAAACUUGAUUGGAGUCCACCUGUGGUCAAUUCAAUUGAUUGGACAUGAUUUGGAAAGGCACACACCUGUCUAUAUAAGGUCCUACAGUUGACAGUGCAUGUCAGGGUAAAAACCAAGCCAUGAGGUCAAAGGAAUUGUCCGGAGAGCUCAGAGACAGGAUUGUGUCGAGGCACAGAUCUGGGGAAGGGUACCAAAAAUGUUAUCCAGCAUUGAAGGUCCCCAAGAACACAGUGGCCUCCAUCAUUCUUAAAUGGAAGAAGUUUGGAACCACCAAGACUUGUCCUAGAGCUGGCUGCCCAGCCAAACUGAGCAAUCAGGGGAGAAGGGUCUUGGUCAGGGAGGUGACCAAGAAACCGAUGGUCACUCUGACAGAGCUCCAGAGUUUGUCUGUGGAGAUGGGAGAACCUUCCAGAAGGACAACCAUAUCUUCAGCACUCCACCAAUCAGGCCUUUAUGGUAGAGUGGCCAGACGGAAGCCACUCCUCAGUAAAAGGCACAUGACAGCCCGCUUGGAGUUUACCAAAAGGCACCUAAAGACUCUCAGACCAUGAGACACAUGAUUCUCUGGUCUGAUGAAACCAAGAUUGAACUCUUUGGCCUGAAUGCCAAGCGUCACGUCUGGAGGAAACCUGGCACCAUCUCUACGGUGAAGCAUGUUGGUGGCAGCAUCAUGCUGUGGGGAUGUUUUUCAGCGGCAGGGUCUGGGAGACUAGUCAGGAUCGAGGGAAAGAUGAACGGAGCAAAGUACAGAGAGAUUCUUGAUGAAAAUCUGCUCAGGACCUCAGACUAGGGCGAAGGUUCACCUUCCAACAGGACAUCGACCUUAAGCACACAGCCAAGACAACGCAGGAGUGGCUUCGAGACAAGUCUCUGAAUGUCCUUGAGUGGCCCAGCCAGAGCCCGGACUUGAACCCGAUCGAACAUCUCUGGAGAGACCUGAAAAUAUUUGUGCAGCAACGCUCCCCAUCCAACCUGACAGAGCUUGAGAGGAUCAGCAGAGAAGAAUGGGAGAAACUCCCCAAAUACAGGUGUGCCAAGCUUGUAGCAUCAUACCCAAGAAGACUUGAGGCUGUAAUCGCUGCCAAAGGUGCUUCAACAAAGUACUGAAUAAAGGGUCUGAAUACUUAGGUAAAUGUGAUAUUUUGGUCUAAAAAUUGUAAUACAUUUGCUAACUUUUCUAAAAAAAAAAAAAAAUAUUUUCGCUUUGUUAUGUAUAGAUUGAUGAGGGCGAAACAAACAAUUUAAUCAAUUUUAGAAUAAGGCUGUAACGUAAUAAAAUGUGGAAAAAGUCAAUGGGUCUGAACACUUUCGGGCUGCACUGUGUAUAUACACUACCAGUCAAAAGUUUGGACACACCUACUCAUUCAACGGUUUUACUUUAUUUUUACUAUUUUUCAUAUUGUAGAAUAAUAGUGAAGACAUCAAAACUAUGAAAUAACACAUAUGGAAUCAUGUAGUAACCAAAAAAGUGUUAAACAAAUCAAAAUAUAUAUUGUAUUUGAGAUUCUUCAAAUAGCCACCCUUUGCCUUGAUGACAGCUUUGCACACUCUUGGCAUUCUCUCAACCAGCUUCAUGAGGAUCAAAUCAAAUGUUAUUUGCCACAUGCGCCGAAUACAACAGGUGUAGUAGACCUUACAGUGAAAUGCUUACUUACAAGCCCUUAACCAACAAUGCAGUUUUAAGAAAAGAAAAAGAGUGUUAAGUAAAAAAUAAAAAUGGCAAAUAAUUAAAGAGCUGCAGUAAAAUAAAAUAACAGUAGGGAGGCUAUAUACAGGGGGUACAUGUACAGAGUCAAUGUGCGGGGGCACCGGUAAUUGAGGUGUGCUUUUCCAACUGUCUUAAAGGAGAUCCCACAUAUGCUGAGCACUCGUUGGCUGCUUUUUCUUCACUCUGCGGUCCAACUCAUUCCAAACCAUUUCAAUUGGGUUGAGGUCAGGUGAUUGUGGAGGCCAUGUCAUCUGAUGCAGCACUCCAUCACUCUCCUUGGUCAAAUAGCCCUUAAACAGCCUGGAGGUGUGUUUUGGGUCAUUGUGCUGUUGAAAAACAAAUUAUAGUCCCACUAAGCGGAAACCAGAUGGGAUGGCGUAUCACUGCAGAAUGCUGUGGUAGCCAUGCCUGUUAAGUGUGCCUUGAUUUCUAAAUAAAUCACAGACAGUGUCACCAGCAAUGCACCCCCACACCAUUACAGCUCAUCCUCCAUGCUUCACGGUGGGAACCACACAUGCAGAGAUCAUCCGUUCACCUUCUCUGUGUCUCACAAAGACACGGUGGUUGGAACCAAAAAUCUCGUCAGACCAAAGGACAGAUUUCCACCGGUCUAAUGUCCAUUUCCUGUGUUUCUUGGCCCAAGAAAGUCUAUUCUUCUUGUUGGUCCUUUAGUAGUGGUUUCUUUGCAGCAAUUCGACCAUGAAAGCCUGAUUCACGCAGUCUCCUCUGAACAGUUGAUGUUGAGAUGUGUCUGUUACUUGAACUCUGUGAAGCAUUUAUUUGGGCUGCAAUCUGAGGCUGGUAACUCUAAUGAACAUAUCUUCUGCAGCAGAGGUAACUCUGGGUCUUCCUUUCCUGUGGUGGUCCUCAUGCGAGCCAGUUUCAUCAUAGCACUUGAUUGUUUUUGCGACUUCACUUGAAGAAACUUUCAAAGUUCUUGGAAUUUUACACAUUGACUGACCUUCAUGUCUUAAAGUAAUGAUGGACUGUCAUUUCUCUGUCCUUAUUUGAGCUGUUCUUGCCAUAAUAUGGACUUGGUAUUUUACCAAAUAGGGCUAUCUUCUGUAUACCACCCCUACCUUGUCACAACACAACUGAUUGGCUCAAACGCAUUAAUUCCACAAAUUAACUUUUAAGAAGGCACACCUGUUAAUUGAAAUGCAUUCCAUGUGACUACCUCAUGAAGCUGGUUGAGAGAAUGCCAAGAGUGUGCAAAGCUGUCAUCAAGGCAAAGGGUGGCUAUUUGAAUAAUCUCAAAUAUAAUUUAUUUAUUUAUUUGUUAUUCAUAGUUUUGAUGUCUUCACUAUUAUUCUACAAUAUGAAAAAUAGUAAGAAUAAAGAAAAACCGUUGAAUGAGUAGGUGUGUCCAAACUUUUGACUGGUAGUGUGUAUAUACGCUACCAUUCAAAAGUUUGGGGUCACUUAGAAAUGUCCUUGUUUCCAUUAAAAUAACAUCAAAUUGAUCAGAAAUACAGUGUAGACAUUGUUAGUGUUGUAAAUGGCUAUUGUAGCUGGAAACGGCUGAUUUUUUUAUGGAAUCUACAUAGGCGUACAGAGGCCCAUUAUCAGCAACCGUCAGUCCUGUGUUCCAAUGGCACGUUGUGUUUGCUAAUCCAAGUUUAUCAUUUUAAAAGGCUAAUUGAUCAUUAGAAAACCCUUUUGCAAUUAUGUUAGCACAGCUGAAAACAGUUGUGCUGAUUUAAAGAAGCAAUAAAACUGGCCUUCUUGAGACUAGUUGAGAAUCUGGAGCAUCAGCAAUUGUGGGUUUGAUUACAGGCUCAAAAUGGCCAGAAACAAAUGACUUUCUUCUGAAACUCGUCAGUGUAUUCUUGUUCGGAGAAAUGAAGGCUAUUCCAUGCGAGAAUUUGCCAAGAAACUGAAAAUCUCGUACAACGCUGUGUACUACACCCUUCACAGAACAGCGCAAACUGGCUCUAACCAGAAUAGAAAGAGGAGUGGGAGGCCCCGGUGCACAACUGAGCAAGAGGACAAAUACAUUAGAGUGUCUAGUUUAAGAAACAGAUGCCUCACGGGUCCUCAACUGGCAGCUUCAUUAAAUAGUACCCGCAAAACACCAGUCUCAACGUCAACAGUGAAAAGGCAGAUUCGGAUGCUGACCUUCUAGGCAGAGUUGCAAAGAAAAAGCCAUAUUUUUAUUUAUUUAUUUAUUUCACCAUUAUUUAACUAGGCAAGUCAGUUAAGAACAAAUUCUUAUUUACAAUGACGGCCUUAGACCGCUGCGCCACUCGGGAGCCCAGACUGCCCAUCUUAAUCUUUUAUUUUUAUUGGCAAGUCUGAGAUAUGGCUUUUUCUUUGCAACUCUGCCUAGAAGGUCAGCAUCCGAAUCUGCCUUUUCACUGUUGACGUUGAAACUGGCCUCUUCACUGGUGUUCCAAUUCAUCCCAAAGGUGUUCGAUGGGGUUGAGGUCAGGGCUUUAUGCAGGCCAGUCAAGUUCUUCCACACCGAUCUCAACAAACCAUUUCUGUUUGGACCUCGCUUUGUGCACAGGGGCAUUGUCAUGCUGAAACAGGAAACGGCCUUCCCCAAACUGUUGCCACAAAGUUGGAAGCACAGAAUCGUCUAGAAUGUCAUUGUAUGCUGUAGCGUUAAGAUGUCCCUUCACUGGAACUAAGGGGCCUAGCAUCUUCCACCAAACUUUACAGUUGGCACUAUGCAUUGGGGCAGGUGGCGUUCUCCUGGCAUCCGCCAAACCCAGAUUCGUCCCGUCGGAUUGCCAGAUUCCAGAAAACGUGUUUCCACUGCUCCAGAGUCCAAUGGCGGCGAGCUUUACACCACUCCAGCCAACGCUUGGCAUUGCGCAUGGUGAUAUUAGGUUUGUGUGCAGCUGCUCGGCCAUGGAAACCCAUUUCAUGAAGCUCCCGGCGAACAGUUCUUCUGCUGACGUUGCUUCCAGAAGCAGUUUGGAACUCGGUUGUGAGUGUUGCAACAGAGGAUAAGCAAAUUUUAAGCGCUACGUGUUUCAGCACUCGGCGGUCCCGUUCUGUGAGCUUGUGUGGCCUACCACUCCUAGACGUUUCCACUUCACAAUAACAGCACUUACAGUUGACCCGGGGCAGCUCUAGCAUGGCAGAAAUUGGAUGAACUGACUUGUUGGAAAGGUGGCAUCCUAUGAUGGUGCCACGUUGAAAGUCACUGAGCUCUUCAGUAAGGCCAUUUUGCUGCCAAUGUUUGUUUAUGGAGAUUGCAUGGCUGUGUGCUCUAUUUUAUACACGUGACAGCAACGGGUGUGGCUGAAAUGGCCAAAUCCACUAAUUUGAAGCGUUGUCCACAUACUUUUGUAUAUAUAGUGUACUUUGACUAAAACUAUGACUUAUUUACUUAAAUCAUUUUGCAACAUCAUGGGUAAGCUCUGGGAAUCUUUCAGCUGAAAAAUGUUUAUCUUCGCUGUUGUUUACGUUCCCAUGUACCGAAUAAAGAAAAUAUAAGUUAAAUGGGUUUCCAUCGCAUUUUCAACUCUACCGAUGGUUUUGCCAUCAAAUCUGUUGCGAUAAAUAGCAAACUUGCCCAAUCUGGUUUUGGCACAUGCUCUAUAGACAAGAGUUCGCUGAUAAAGUGGACAGGGGGUUUUGAGAUCUGGAUAAGAGCAAGAUAAUUGUAUUUGAUAAUUGACAGCCAAGCACCGAUCAUCAUGACACCAGCUUUCAAAUAAUAGCCUACCCUCGAUAUUUAGCCUUUUGGCUAAACACCCUAAACACUCUUCAUGUUGACUGCUAGGUUGGAGAUGAUGAGGGAGCUUUGGUUGCUUUUAAGGACACAGAUGUAUUAUAUGUUAUAUUUUGAAUUGCAAAUGCAUAGAAUUCAUCGAUGUUGUUCAAGCAUCUCUCAUAAAGGCAUGUUGAUUUUCUUCAAAGGAAGUCAAGGCAAGCUCACAGCAGAGGGCCCUUAAGUAAUUGGUUCAGAGGGAUCUUAUUUAGAAAAUUAUCACUCCCUGCAGCUACUGCACCACUGUAUGAUUUAGUGUAACCUCAUUCUACAUUUAAUUUCAUUGGGCUCUCUGUCUGGCAGUUGUAAGGUUCUUAUUGGGCUCUUUUCGAGGAAAGGCAACAAAAAAAUAGUUUAUUUAUUUUAAAUUCAAUAAAUGAAAAUAAUAAAACCAUAUGCUUUCUUUGCUAUGUUUCAACCACUCAGGUCUUUUUCAGUUCAGGAAAGACAACAUCCCAUUUCCAAGCCAGUUGAGACACGUGGCAUUAAUGGACUAGCUUUACUGUCUCUCUCUCCAGCUACGUCUUCUAGUCAUGCACUCUCGUGUACGGUCGUUGAGAGGGGUUGUCAUGGUUACCUUUUACAUGCGGCGUGAAAGAGAAGACCACCCCACAUUAAAAUGAGAGCUCCUGAUUUGGCUGAUUCUACAGUGUUACUAGAGAGAGGGCAGUCCUGCGUUAUAAUUGGCCUUACCAGCUGUCACUCAAAUACAGAUGCCUAUCACGUACAAAGCAAAUUUUGUGCUCUUAGGCAAGGUUUUAUUGCCUUGACUCUCACUGUGUGUACUCUCUGUGUGUGGUUUGCCUGUGGUGGGUUUCUCUGACUGUUAUCAAGACAGAUGUCACAGAGAAAUGGAAGGUGAGUUACAGCCUAUAUUGUAGCCUACAUAAUGUGCAUCAGCUUCUCUUUAUACAGCUUGAGUAGGGUGACAUGGUGAGUUCUGUUUUCUUUUGGGCUAGGCUGCUAGGUAAAUGGCCUUUUGAUAGUGUACUGUACAGUUGGUACAUACACCAAGAGGUACUGUUAGUUUUUUAUUCAUGAGCUCAAUAGUUUGCUCAGUAUGUGGGCGAGCUGAGGUGCCUGUUCAUAUGAACUUGUACUGUGAGUGUGUUUGUACUUGUGUGAUUGUUUGCUCUUGUGUGUGUGUAUGUGCAUGCGAGGGUGUUUGUUUUGUCUAUGUGUCCGUCUUCAUACAUUGGGAGUGAACCGAUAGCUGUGUAUACAUAAGGGACAUAGAGCUAGAUGAGGAUAUCAGUGUCCAUGACAGACAGACAUGUUCUGUUUCCCAAGUGGCACCCUAUUCCCCAUAUAGUGCACUGUUUUGAACCAAGGCCCAUAGGGUCCUGUAGUGAAUAGGGUGACAUUUGGGACACAGACCUGAUUCUGUUCUUGGUCAUUUUUGCUGGGAAGCACCAGGCUACUCCAUUCUGCACAUGUGUAUAUUCUCCACGCGUAGAGAACAGGCUACUCAGGUGAAUGGUGCUCGUUUAAUAAAGUUAUCUCAAAGCUGAAUCAGUGUCUGCAAGAUCACAUAAUGAUAAUAUUCUACAUACAGAACUGAAUAUAAUAGCAUAGUAUAACGUUACUGUAAGACAAAAACACCAGCGCCACCGCAUUUUUCUCUCAUGUGGCCAAAACUUAACAGUGUGCGCCACUAGGCACAAUACAGAUGUAGGCUAAGCUACAGUUUGUUAAAGCUCAGACACACUGGUAGGAUUGUCAAACGUUUGCCUGCCGACAGUACUUUAGCACGUCUGAACAGUGUCGGCAGUCAAUCUCUUUUGUGUUAACACAGCAAAGAUCUUAGAAGUCGUCAGCCUUGUUAAAAUACUCCAAACCAGAAGGUGGCAGUAGCAUUGUUUGGCAAUACAUAUCCAUGCAUAUUGCUUAUGGUCUAGAUUCCAAUCUAUCUGCGCUAGUGUUGCUAUUGUGUAGAAAGCCCUUGUUGAGACUAGCCAGAUAGCCACAGCUAGAUAACUGCCUAGCAAGAUGACGAAGAAACAAUUUAAUUCACUCUCCAAUCCCAUACUGCCAGCCCAUAGCCACAUGUUUAGCUAGCUAACUAAAGUUAGCAUAUUCGCUAGCUAGCACAACAUAGCUAGCUAGCUAAGGACACUGCACUAACUCGGCAGCUAACACAAGCAGCUGUUUCAUGGAAACUAGCUAAUCCAUUGUGAUUUAAUUAUACUGAACAAAAAUAUAAAGGCAAAAUGCAACUAUUUCAACGACUUUAUUAAGUUACAGUUCAUAUAAGGAAAUCAGUCAAUUGAAAUAAAUAAAUUAGGCCCUAAUCUAUGGAUUUCACAUGACUAGGCAGGGGCGCAGCCACCCACUUGGGAGCCAGGCCCAGCCAAUCAGAAUGAGUUUUUCCCCACAAAAGGGCUUUAUUACAGACCGAAAUACUCCUCAGUUUCAUCAGCUGUCUGUGUGGCUGGUCAGACGAUCCCGUAGGUGAAGAAGCCGGAUGUGGAGGUCCUGGCUGGCAUGGUUACACGUGGUCUGCAAUUGUGAGGCAGGUUGGACGUACUGCCAAAUUCUCUAAAACAAUGUUGGAGGCAGUGUAUGGUAGAGAAAUUAUAAUUUAAUUAUCUUUCAACAGCUCUGGUGGACAUUUCUGCAGUCAGCAUGCCAAUUGCACACUCCCUCAAAACUUGAGACAUCUGUGGCAUUGUGUUAUGGGACAAAACUGCACAUUUUAGAGUGGCCUUUUAUUGUCCCCAGCACAAGGUGCACCUGUGUAAUGAUCAUGCUGUUUAUUCAGCUUCUUGAUAUGCUGCAGCUGUCAGAUGGAUGGAAAUAAGCUUCUUGUGCGUAUGGAACAUUUCUGGGAUCUUUUAUUUCAGCUCAUGAAACAUGCAACCAGCACUUUACAUGUUGCGUUUAUAUUUUUGUUCAGUAUAUAAUGUCAAUAAUAGCUACAGUGGUUAGCUAGCUUGGAUGAAGUAUUUAGUGUUGUGUCUGUGCACUUCACUAGCUACCAUCCCAUAGCCUACAUUGCAUAUGAAGUGUGACUGGCUCAUCCGUGGAUAUACAGAGAAAAUUGCCCCUAAUUUUGGUUGGCUCCGACACGUGGGGGCAGGGGCGGACUUAGUGAUUCGGAGGCCCUAAGUCGAGACCAGUAUGAGCCCGAGCCUCCUAUGUGUGCACGCGCUUGCACACAGUUUUUUUAUGGGUUUUAUAGUAAAGACGUAAUUUAACUGUAAAAAUGUAUUACCUUUUAAGCUCCAAUAGUGCUCACUAGAUUAGUGUCGUAGGUGCAACAGUGCGUGACUAUUCUUUUUACAGUUUAUGGUGAGGAUGGCCGGGAAAUCGCAGAUUUUUUAAAUAUGUUGAUAUAUGUUGAUUUUGUGUAUAGCGCACACUUCUGACAAAACAGAAUCACAUUUUUCCUCCAGGUUUUCUUUCAUUUUCUGCAAUGUUGUAAAUUAGCAUACGGAACAACUCUCUGCAAAAUGUGUCCUUCACGUUCUGAAAACAGUGACAAACAUAACACAUAGCAUCAACGGGCAUGUGGGGUGAGGGUUCCCAGCGGACCACUCAAACCGUUUUUGCAAUACAAAAUUCUCCAGACCUCCAAGGGAGGUGUGACAGUGAUGUGAUUUUGGAGGUAUGGCAACACGAGACUACUAUUAAGCUAAAAUAUGGAAUUGUUUUAAAGUGGUAAUACCAAGGAUAAUUUAGCUAUUUGAUUUAGAAUUUUAGGACCCCUGUAGGUAUCAACAUUUUUGUAAACAUUUUCUGGGAUGAAAUAUUUAAUUUGGCCCAUAUAAAUGCAUUGAAUGACAGAUUCAUACAUGGAAAAACAGAUUGUCAAACAUUUUAUCAAAAGGAAGUAUAUUUUUAAAUGACUGUCCUAUAUCUGAGAGAUAUAAGAAAGCUAAUAAUUUUUACAGUGGAAUUACCUGUAUACAUUUGACGAGGAAAUGCCCUAUUCACUUCCAUUCAUUUUUCAGCCAGGAAGCGUGUUACCUUGAGUCCUGUGACACUUGUGGGGGUCGUAGAGCAAAACGAAGAACACCAGUUCAUCAGUGUGUUUGUGAGAGUCUCAUCUUUCCAUAGAGGGGUCAUGUUAAUUUGUAGGCCAAACCAUUCGUACGCUACAUACGUUUUCGUGAGAAGACUGAUUUUCGAGAUGUGUCCUGGUCUGACAAACACUGCUGUAGCUCUGCUACCUUCCACCGCAAAUGCGGAAGGCCGACAUCGGCAGAUGCGGUGGAUUAAGACGGAACCCAUGCCAAAAAACAUAUCUCUAGCUUAGACAGAUUUUGAUGAGGAUUUUUUAAUACUUUUUUUAUUAUGCCUCGAGCUGAGAAAUUAUUUGUGUGUAUAUAUAAUUGUAUUUAUUUAAUAAAAUAUGAACGCCCAGCUCAUGAGGCACCUUGGUGAUGUGAGGCCUGAGGCAAAUGCCUCUUCUGCCUAAUGGUAAGUCCACCAGUAAGUGGGAGUUUGUGCUCUCUAAUUGGCUCAAUGUCAAGUUGUUGGCCACUGACGAGCAUUACGAUUCUACAAGUAGAAUUGGUAAGUUCGUCGCUACCAGGUCGGCAUGCAGCAGGUACCGCUUUUUUUUUCUAGCAAGAGAGGGAAUGGCCUCCCACUGUGAGUACCUCUGUCUAUCAGCAGUGAGAUUCUCGGUGUGUUUCAUGCUUUAACACCAUCUGCUCUAAGAUUUGCUCACUGUACAUCAUUCAAAACAACACACUGUAGGCUACUUCGAAACAAAAAUGUAUAACUCAAGAUCUAAAUGCAUAUACCCAUGAAACUGAUUGCGAUCAAGUGGUUGGUAUGCAGAUGCUGCAUGGACGUUUCACUGGUAAAACUUCAAAGAAUUAUCAUUCACGAUUGAAAGCAGUGAUGUUUUUGUCUUACAGUAACUUUAUGCUAUUAUUUAUUAUUUUACCUUUAUUUAACUAGGCAAGACAGUUAAGAACAAAUUCUUAUUUACAAUGAUGGCCUACACCGGCCAAACCCGGACGACGCUGGGCCAAUUUGUGCGCCGCCUUAUGGGACUCCCAAUCACGGCCGGUUGUGAUACAGCCUGGAAUUGAACCAGGGGGUCUGUAGUGACACCUCAAGCGCUGAGAUGCAGUGCCUUAGACCGCUGCGCCACUCGGCCUAUUCAGUUCUGUUAUGUAGAAUACUAUCAUUAUGUGAUCUUGCAGACAUUGAUUCAGCUUUGAUCUAACUUCAUUCCUUCCAGUUCUCUGCUGCCAAUGACUGGAACGAAUUGCAAAAAUCUCUGAAGCUGGAGACUCUUAUCUCCCUCAAUAACUUUAAGCAUCAGUUGUCAGAGCACCUUACCGAUCACUGCACCUGUACACAGCCCAUCCGAAAUUAGCCCACCCAACUACCUCAUCCCUAUAUUGUUAUUUAUUUUGCUCUUUUGCACCCCAGUAUCUCUAUUUGCACAUAAUCUCUUGCACAUCUAGCAUUCCAGUGUUAAUACUAUUGUAAUUAUUCUGCACUAUAGCCUAUUUAUUGCCUUACCUCCAUAACUUGCUACAUUUGCACACACUGUAUAUAUAUUUUCUGUUGUAUUUCUGACUUUGUUUUUUUUUACCCCAUAUGUAACUCUGUUGUUUUUAUUGCACUACUUUGCUUUAUCUUGGCCAGGUCGCAGUUGUAAAUGAGAACCUGUUCUCAACUGGCUUACCUGGUUAAAUAAAGGUGAAAUAAAAAAAAUAAAAAAUUAAGCGAGCACCAUUCGCUUGAGUAACCUGUUCUCUACGUGUAAGGAAGAGAAUAUGAACCUGCGCAGAACGUCAUCCGCAGAUACGCUUCGGGAUCAGGUGGACUAAAGAUUCAGAAAAAGUUGGAUCUGUAGCCACAGCCUUUUUAUAAAUGCCAACAGUUGCGUGAAAACUGGUGCAUGCAUGUUUUGUGGUAUAUUUUGUAUGUACGUAACAUUUGUGCAUGCGUGGACUGAUUCCAUUAUCAUUCUGAUCAGAACAGCGGUCACCCAGGUGUCCCAUCCCUACUAAAGGUCACAUCUAUUGGUCUGCAAUGACAUUUUGAUGUCUUGAUUAUUAAGCCAGUUGACAUUUUCUGUAGACAUGGUGCAACCGAUGGUGGGCCAGCUAGAUCUUAAUUGCCAAUUUACUGAGGUUACCAUCAUGGAUUAAAUCUCCAAUAACAGUAAAAUAAUGAAACUUUGUAAGUGAAUAGUUCAUAAUAUGUUGCAGUGUCCAUUAUGAUGCAACUCAACUGAGCCAAGACCCAAAGCGAUUCAUUGCAUCUAGUCCUGUUUAUCACACAUGGACGUUUCAUUUCCUCUGUGUUGUUAUGAGGCCAGACAGACUGGCGGUACACACUGGCGGUCAGCGGUUUCUUCACCGGUACACAAGGUGCAAGGCAACCCCCCCACAUUUACUUGUACAUAGGCCUACUGUUCGCCACUCUCUAUCAUGUAUCUUCCUCUCCCAUAGAGUGGAGCCUGUUUCAGGUCUGUGAGGCUGUGGCUCCUCCAUAAUGCUCCCCUCAGGAGGAGAAGGAAGCCACUCCAGAAGGAUGAAUAGCUACAGCUGGUGCUGCAGUAGUAGUAGGAUGGACUGGCCGUGUGUGUAGUUAAUAGAAGGGCGGGAGGCCUGUCUGAGUGGUGUCUUUGUCCCAGUCUCCCAGCCUCUCUCUCUACAACUGGCUCCUUGAGAAGGGACACCCAGCUACCCUCUAGUCUAGAGUGGCAUCCACCCACCCUGUUAUCUACUGCCACUGACAACUACACCAGUGUUUCCCCUACCAUCAAUAACGCAGAAAAAGCCACCUGGCCUAGUUCUGUUGCCCAUCUGCUUAAAACCAAUUUGAAACCAGUGUUUACAUUAUUCACUGUCCAUCAUUCUUACCUGCAUCCAGUGUUUACACAGCUUUUUCUUGCCAGUACAUGAUGUACUGUACAUCCCGGCGUACUACUACAGUAUCCACAUUCCCCCAUCCAGGCCAAAAGCUCCCACAGAUCGCACCAUCACUGGCCACCUCGUUAUGGGAUGAUCUGGUUGUAAGGAUUUGCCUCUUCAAUCUGCACCGCAGGGCUUUAGUCUAGGCUGAUCCCAUGUGUAGUGUAUCCCAUGUUAAUCAUGUGUAUGAUGGCUAGCACACCUAGCAGUGAACAUUGUGAUGUUGCCGUAACACUGACACCACUAUGCUGAUCUCCCCUGUCGUGUUGCAUGAAAGGGUAUGUGUAAAAACCCUUUUAUCAUGAGAUCUUUAAUACUGGGUCGUUCUGUAUGAUUUCAAUCACUUUCUGACUGCACCCCUAUUGAUUUGAACGAAACCUUCCAUACAUGUUUGCCCAUGGUAGAAGCAAUGCUCCCUCUAAGCUGCGCGCAGCUCCCCAGGGACUGCCGGCAGAAGAAAAAUCAGCCCGCGCAGAGAAGCACGAGAUUGAACAAUAAUAGCCACUUUCAAUGCAACAUUACGAAACAAAAUAAACUAUGCAAGACUUAGUAUGCAAAACUAACUGAGCAAUAGAUUUUCUUGUAGGCAGAGUGCAUUGGAGUAGGUUAUAUUGCAUUGACAGGCACGACUCAGCCCGUACUCUACACAGACCGGUGCACCAUAACCAAUCAGAGCUGCAGUAGGCUUACAGUGCCUUGCAAAAGUAUUCAUCCCCCUUGGCAUUUUUCCUAUUUUGUUGCAUUACAACCUGUAAUUUAAAUGGAGUUUUAUUUGGAUUUCAUGUAAUGGACAUACACAAAAUAGUCCAAAUUGUUGAAGUGAAAUGAAAAAAAUAACUUGUUUCAAAAAGUUCUAAAACAUAAAUAACGGAAAAGUGGUGCAUGCAUAUGUAUUCACCCCCUUUGCUAUGAAGCCCCUAAAUAAGAUUUGGUGCAACCAAUUACCUUCAGAAGUCACAUAAUUAGUGAAAUAAAGUCCACCUGUGUCCAAUCUAAGUGUCACAUGGUCUGUCACAUGAUCUCAUUAUAUAUAAACCUGUUCUGAAAGGCCCCAGAGUCUGCAACACCACUAAGCAACUUUGAACAUCCCACGGAGCACCAUUUAAAUCCAUUAUUAAAAAAUGGAAAGAAUAUGGCACCACAACAAACCUGCCAAGAGAGGGCCGCCCACCAAAACUCACGGACCUGGCAAGGAGGGCAUUAAUCAGAGAGGCAACAAAGAGACCAAAGAUAACCCUGAAGGAGCUGCAAACCUCCACAGCAAAUAUUGGAGUAUCUGUCCAUAGGACCACUUUAAGCCGUACAAUCCACAGAGCUGGGCUUUAUGGAAGAGUGGCCAGAAAAAAGCCAUUGCUUAAAGAAGAAAAUGAGCAAACACGUUUGGUGUUCACCAAAAGGUAUGUGGAAGAAGGUACUCUGGUCAGAUGAGGAUAAAAUUGAGCUUUUUGGCCAUCAAGGAAAACGCUAUGUCUGGCACAAACCCAACACCUCUCAUCACCCCGAGAACACCAUCCCCACAGUGAAGCAUGGUGGUGGCAGCAUCAUGCUGUGGGGAAACCUGUUUGUCUUCCAGAGAUUUGAGACUGGGAUAGGUUCACCUUCCAGCAGGACAAUGACCCUAAGCAUACUGCUAAAGCAACACUUGAGUGGUUUAAGGGGAAACAUUUAAAUGUCUUGGAAUGGCCUAGUCAAAGCCCAGACCUCAAUCCAAUUGAGAAUCUGUGGUAUGACUUAAAGAUUGCUGUACACCAGCGGAACCCAUCCAACUUGAAGGAGCUGGAGCAGUUUUGCCUUGAAGAAUGGGCAAAAAUCCCAGUGGCUAGAUGUGCCAAGCUUAUAGAGACAUACCCCAAGAUACUUCCAGCUGUAAUUGUUGCAAAAGGUGGCUCUACAAAGUAUUGACUUUGGGGGGUGAAUAGUUAUGCACACUCAAGUUGUCUGUUUUUCUUGUCUUAUUUCUUGUUUGUUUCACAAGAAAAAAAUAUUUUGCAUCUUCAAAGUGAUAGGCAUGUUGUGUAAAUCAAAUGAUACAAACCCCCAAAAAAUCUAUUUUAUUUCCAGGUUGUAAGGCAACAAAAUAGAAAAAUGCCAAGGGGGGUGAAUACUUUCGCAAGCCACUGUAUAUGCAAAUAGACCAUUGCCAUAUAUGGAUUUGUACCAUUCACUUUGAACUGGACUGUUUUACAGCAGGAGUGGUCACGAUUAUUAUGCUCUUGUUUUGAGAUCAAAGUGAGAGCUGCAUGUAGCCACGUGUGCAGGUUUGUUCAUAUUCUUUGCUAGUUAGUUAGUUAGUUAUUAGCCCAGUUAUAGCUAAUUUGUAGUCAGCGAUGAGGGAGAGAUUGCUUCCUACAAGAGCACAAAACGUGUAAAUUUCUAGCCAUCUUUGAAAAGCGAGUCAGGUGAAGAGGUUUUUUUUAUGUCUUAAAGGGGCAGUGUUGUAUUUUGAGACCGGCUUGAAUAAGCUAAGUAGCCAAUAGGCAGAGAGUAGCAUAACUUGUCUGAUUCUCUGUAAUGAUAGUAUGGGAAUAAUAAUAAAUGUUAUUUUGUAAAGUGGUUUCUUGCAUCAAACAACACAACAAAAUGUUCAGUGGAUAAACAGGUUAAUAUCAAGCCCUGCAUGUUUUUUUUUUGUUUUGUUUUGUUUUUUAAGUCUCAUGGAAUGUAGGCCUACAUUGGCUGCUACUUUAAGCUGAAUGAUAGAACAUCUAUUUCUAUGUUAUAAUGUUAUGUGAUGCAUUUUCUCCAUUGGUUUUGAUGGUAGGCCACUCUGGUAGGCCUACGUUAUGAUCAAAUAGCCACAGUAGCCUACUUGGCCACUGUUAAAACAGUAAAUUAAAGCGUGUACAGCCUCAGUGUUCACAGUAAACGCACGCCGGAAGUUGCACAGAAAUUUCACAAGGUUCAAGUUUGCGCUCAGCAGACCUGAAAUUUGCUCAGUGAUGAAAAAUAUUAGAGGAAACAUUGGGUAGAAGUGGUCAGAAAGUUACUUUUUAGACCGGAAUGCCAAAUGCCAAAACGUGGUCCUCUGUAGCUCAGCUGGUAGAGCACGGCGCUUGUAACGCCAAGGUAGUGGGUUCGAUCCCCGGGACCACCCAUACACAAAAAUGUAUGCACGCAUGACUGUAAGUCGCUUUGGAUAAAAGCGUCUGCUAAAUGGCAUAUUAUUAUUAUUAUUAUUAUUAAAACAUUCAGGAGAGAGUGCUCAAAGUUUUUACCCAUUUUGAAUACCCCACCCUACCAUGAGACUUCCAUGUCUUCGUCACUGAAAAAGAUAAAUGGUUGCGUUUGAUAUCAUUUGAACGCUUACAAACAAGGUUGUCAAACUGUUUUAUUUUGAAAAACGCAUAAACUCCGAUUUGUAAAUUUAUUUUCAUGAACUCAGCAAAUAAAGAAACGUCCUCUCACUGUCAACUGCGUUUAUUUUCAGCAAACUUAACAUGUGUAAAUAUGUGUAUGAACAUAACAAGAUUCAACAACUGAGACAUAAACUGAACAAGUUCCACAGACAUGUGAUUGACAGAAAUGGAAUAAUGUGUCCCUGAACAAAGGGGGGGUCAAAAUCAAAAGUAACCAGCUGCAUGAAGUACUGCAGUGCAUCUCCUCCUCAUGGACUGCACCAGAUUUGCCAGUUCUUGCUGUGAGAUGUUACCCCACUCUUCCACCAAGGCACCUGCAAGUUCCCAGACAUUUCUGGGGGGAAUGGCCCAAGCCCUCACCCUCCGAUCCAACAGGUCCCAGACGUGCUCAAUGGGAUUGAGAUCCGGGCUCUUCGCUGGCCAUGGCAGAACACUGACAUUCCUGUCUUGCAGGAAAUCACGCACAGAACGAGCAGUAUGGCUGGUGGCAUUGUUAUGCUGGAGGAUCAUGUCAGGAUGAGCCUGCAGGAAGGGUACCACAUGAGGGAGGAGGAUGUCUUCCCUGUAACGCACAGCGUUGAGAUUGCCAGCAAUGAUAACAAGCUCAGUCUGAUGAUGCUGUGACACACUGCCCCAGACCAUGACAGACCCUCCACCUACAAGCCCUCAGUCCAGCCUCUCUCAGCCUAUUGCGGACAGUCUGAGCACUGAUGGAGGGAUUGUGCGUUCUUGGUGUAUCUUGGGCAGUUGUUGUUGCCAUCCUGUACUUGUCCCGCAGGUGUGAUGUUCAGAUGUAUUGAUUCUGUGCAGGUGUUGUUACACGUGGUCUGCCACUGCGAGGACGAUCAGCUGGCCGUCCUGUCUCCCUGUAGCGCUGUCUUAGGUGUCUCACAGUACGGACAUUGCAAUUUAUUGCCCUGGCCACAUCUGCAGUCAUGCCUCCUUGCAGCAUGCCUAAGGCACGUUCACGCAGAUAAGCAGGGACCCUGGGCAUCUUUCUUUUGGUGUUUUUUCAGAGUCAGUAGAAAGGCCUCUUUAGUGUCCUAAGUUUUCAUAACUGUGACCUUAAUUGCCUACCGUCUGUAAGCUGUUAGUGUCCUAACGACCGAUCCACAGGUGCAUGUUCAUUAAUUGUUUAUGGUUCAUUGAACAAACCUGGGAAACAGUGUUUAAAUCCUUUACAAUGAAGAUCUGUGAAGUUAUUUGGAUUUUUACGAAUUAUCUUUGAAAGACAGGGUCCUGAAAAAGGGACGUUUCUUUUUUUGCUGAGUUUAUAUGUUGGAGCUUACACCCUAUUUUACAUCCUCUGAGGUGUUUGUUGUACCCAUCAUCGGUUGAGACACAGCAUACUCUUGAAUACAGGGUGGGUGUCACGUUUUGGCUGAUAAAUGUACUAACAUGCAAAGCUGUCAUCAAGGCAAAUGGUGGCUAUUUGAAGAAUCUCAAAUAUAAAAUAUAUUUACACUUUUUUGUUUUCUACAUCAUUCCAUAUGUGUUAUUUCAUAGCUUUGAUGUCUUCACUAUUAUUCUACAAUGUAAAAAAUAGUAAAAAAAUAUAGAAGAACCCUUGAAUUAAUAGAUUUUGCAGGUUUUCCUACUUACAAAGCAUGUAGAGGUUUGUAAUUUUAUCAUAGGUACACUUCAACUGUGAGAGACGGAAUCCAGAAAAUCACAUUGUAUGAUUUUUAAGUAAUUAAUUUGCAUUUUAUUGCAUGACAUAAGUAUUUGAUACAUCAGAAAAGCAGAACUUAAUAUUUGGUACAGAAACCUUUGUUUGCAAUUACAGAGAUCAUACGUUUCCUGUAGGUCUUGACCAGGUUUGCACACACUGCAGCAGGGAUUUUGGCCCACUCCUCCAUACAGACCUUCUCCAGAUCCUUCAGGUUUCGAGGCUGUCGCUGGGCAAUACGGACUUUCAGCUCCCUCCAAAGAUUUUCUAUUGGGUUCAGGUCUGGAGACUGGCUAGGCCACUCCAGGACCUUGAGAUGCUUCUUACGGAGCCACUCCUUAGUUGCCCUGGCUGUGUGUUUCGGGUCGUCAUGGUGGAAGACCCAGCCACGACCCAUCUUCAAUGCUCUUACUGAGUGAAGGAGGUUGUUGGCCAAGAUCUCGCAAUACAUGGCCCUAUCCAUCCUCCCCUCAAUACGGCGCAGUCGUCCUGUCCCCUUUGCAGAAAAGCAUCCCCAAAGAAUGAUGUUUCCACAUCCAUGCUUCACGGUUGGGAUGGUGUUCUUGGAGUUGUACUCUUCUUCCUCCAAGCACGGCGAGUGGAGUUUAGACCAAAAAGCUCAAUUGUUGUCUCAUCAGACCACAUGACCUUCUCCCAUUCCUCCUCUGGAUCAUCCAGAUGGUCAUUGGCAAACUUCAGACGGGCCUGGACAUGCGCUGGCUUGAGCAGGGGGACCUUGCGUGCGCUGCAGGAUUUUAAUCCAUGACGAUUGACCGUCAUCUUGAACUUCUUCCAUUUUCUAAUAAUUGCGCCAACAGUUGUUUCCUUCUCACCAAACUGCUUGUCUAUUGUCCUGUAGCCCAUCCCAGCCUUGUGCAGGUCUACAAUUUUAUCCCUGAUGUCCUUACACAGCUCUCUGGUCUUGGCCAUUGUGGAGAGGUUGGAGUCUGUUUGAGUGUGUGGACAGGUGUCUUUUAUACAGGUAACGAGUUCAAACAGGUGCAGUUAAUCCAGGUCAUGAGUGGAGAACAGGAGGGCUUCUUAACGAAAAACGAACAGGUCUGUGAGAGCCGGAAUUCUUACUUGUUGGUAGGUGAUCAAAUACUUAUGUCAUGCAAUAAAAUGCAAAUUAAUUACUUAAAAAUCAUACAAUGUGAUUUUCUGGAUUUUUGUUUUAGAUUCCGUCUCUCACUUUUGAAGUGUACAUAUGAUAAAAAUUACAGACCUCUACAUGCUUUGUAAGUAGGAAAUCGGCAGUGUAUCAAAUACUUGUUCUCCCCACUGUAUUUACCUUUUUUCAAGAAAUCAUAGAAUAGUUUGACAACUCUGUUUGUAAGGUUUCAAAUUAAAUCAAACUCAACUAUUUAUCUUUUUCAGUGAUGAAGACAUGGACGUUUCAUGGUAGGGUGGGGUAUGCAAAAUGGUUCAACUUUGAACACCAAUAUCUCCUGAAUGUUUUGGCAUUCAGGUCCGAGAAGUCACUUUCCGACCACUUCCACCAUGGGCAAACGUAUGAAAGGUUUCGUUCAAAUCAAAAGGGGUGCAGUCCGAAUGUGAUUGAACUCAUAUGGAACGACCCUACUGUAUCAUAGCUAGCUAGAAUGUAGCCUAAUAUAAUGGUAAUAUAAAUGAUUUAUGCUACAAUACAGCAUUGUUCAAUUCGUAUCAGAAAUGUGUUUUAUUCUUUUUUGUAACACCAAUGCUAACGGUGUUGUGUUUUUCUGUGUCUCCUCUAUAGUAAGCAUGUUUCUGAACACCCUAACCCCCAAGUUCUACGUGGCUCUGACGGGGACCUCCUCCUUGAUAUCCGGACUCAUACUGGUAAGUUGAUCAUAUUAUGCCAUUUAGCACGUUUAUCCAAAGCGACUUACAGUACAGUGAGUGCAUACAUUUUAGUAUAUGAUAAUAUAUGCCAUUUAGCAGACAAUGUUAUCCAAAGCAACUGACUUACAGUACAGGGAGUGCAUAGCCUACACUACACUUAAUUAUUAUGUGAUGCCAGUGGGAAUUGAUCCCACAACACUGGUGUUACGAUCGCUAUGCUCUUACCAACUGAGCUACAUAGGAUCACCAAGUUGAGCCCUCAUUCGUCUAUAGUACAGUGAAUGAACAGUGCUACAAUGGUCUUUCUUACAAAGAGAAGAGAAGAGAAAGAGAAGAGCUACAAGCUAGCGAACCCCAUUCCUCUCCGUAGAUUGGCCAGUUAGUUUAUUUAGUUGCCUGGAAACGACGAUGAGUCUCACAGGCCUCUUAAGCCUACAUUGGUUCCUAUGAAUAAUUACAGUGGAGAAUACAUUUUGUGUACUGGGCUCGGCUGUGAUGUAUUGCAAUACAGAUGUAUAUCUGUUAUAUUAAUUACUGUCAGUGGAGACUGGAGAGGUUUAGUUAAUUGAAUGGUCAUUUUAGGACAGUACAUUACUGUAUCACCAGCUUUAGAAGUAGCCUAGAUAAGAAAGCGAUACCAUAGUUGUGUAUGGAUUAAGACAUAGAAAGUCAAGGAGUGCGUGUGUGUGUGUGCGGAAACAGAGUCUGAGUUGCAUGUCGGACCCUGUCUUGAUUAGGCAAUGCUAAAAUAGAAGUAUAUAAUGUGUGUGGUUGCCUGUGUGCAACCUGUGUAUGAAUUUGUAUCUGACGUGCAAUGUGGCUUUUCAUAAAUACAAUAUUUAGACCUCUAACUUACAAACAUUGUCCUAUGCUCCUGCCUAUGCUAGUUGGGGUUAUGUUGUACUUAAAGCGGCAUACCAAAAUAAAAUAACCUCUUAUUACAAAAUCUCAGUAGUAUGAAGUAGCUCAAAUGGCAUUCAACUGAAACGACACAGCCCUAAAGAUAGAUUGAAAUAUUUGUAUUUAUUUUAUUUAACCUUUAUUUAACUAGGCAAGUCAAUUAAGAACAAAUUAUUAUUUCCAAUGGCAUACCAAGAGUCAAAAGGCCUCCUGUGGGGACAGGGGCUGGAAUGAAAAAUAUAAAUGUAGGACAAAACACGUAUCACGACAAGAGACACCACAACACUACCUCAAGAGAGACCUAAGACAACAACACAACAUGGCAGCAACACAACAAAACAUCACAACAUGGUAGCAACACAACAUGAUAACAACACAACAUUGUAGCAGCACAACAUGGUAGCAGCACAGACAUGGUACAACAAUGUUAGGCACAGACAACAGCACGAAGGGCAAAAAGGAAUAGACAACACUAGAUCACGCGAAGCAGCCAUAAGUGUCAGUAAGAGUGUCCAUAAUUGAGCCUUUGACUGAAGAGAUGGCGAUACAACUGAAUAGAACACAUACAAAUAAUAUAGUAUCAUAUUGUUUCUCUAUGGCCCUAACCCUACUGAAUCAUCCCUGAAUGAACUGCCUCCUGUCUGUCCCAUCAGAUAUUUGAGUGGUGGUACUUCAGGAAGUACGGUACUUCCUUCAUCGAGCAGGUGUCAGUGAGCCACCUGCGCCCUCUGCUGGGCGGCGUGGACAACAGCUCCCCAACCAACUCCAACACCAGUAACGGAGAUGCAGACUCCAACCGACAGAGUGUGUCCGGUAAGACUCAGAGAUUUACUAGAUUGGUAAAGCAUUCGCUAGAUAAAGCAAUUACUGGAUUUAUAUAGAGCGUUCGCUAGAUGGAACAUUUACAACCUAGAUAAAGCAUUCAUUACGCGUUCACCGCUCCACAUUGAAAUGGCCUUAUUGUUUGCCCUUAUGCUAGAGCAGUGGUUCCCAGCCCGGAGUACCAAGCCCCCUGGGGGUAGUUGGCCUAUCCACAGGGGGUACUUGAGAAGACUCAUGAGACCAUAAGCCUACUGUUAAAAUGCACAUGAGGGGGUACUUCAGGGGUACUCCGGUCAGAGCAAAAUUCAGUUGGUGGUACAGUAACUGAAAAAGGUUGGGAACCGCUGUGCUAGAGCAUUUACUAAAGCUGAAUAGAGCAUAUUGUUUGUAGAAGUAUAGAGACACAACACAACCAAUUUAAUAGAGAUACCAGAUAGAGCAUUUGCCAUAGAAGUCUUCUUUAUUUUGCCUACACACUUGAUUAGAGCAUUUAGGCCUACUACAGCCAAAUAUAGCAUUUAAUACCAUAGAGAGCCUUAUUGUUCGCUCCCACACCAGUGAGAAAUCCAAUGCGUGUGUGUUUUUGUUUUUGUUGGAUUAAAUGGAUUAUCUCAGCUGUGUUGAAUCAACACGGCAUGAUUGGAGAAAUGGCUUUAUAAUUAUUUGCUGUUGUAAUCCCUCUGUCUGGUAAAGGAGAGUGAUUUUAAGAUGGAGACUGGCUAGUGAUGUUGAUUUGUGGAUUUAGGAUGCAGUCUGGUAGUACAGACCUGAAGCUUACAGAAGCUAUGAGAUUGCCUUACUGUAGGGCACUUUAGUGUAGGAAUAUCAUGAUGUACACUUGAUCCCUAGCUUGCUCAGAGGUACACUUAGGACUCUAUUUUGUGUCUGAUACACACAAACAAUGUCUUCCUCCUCUUGUUCCCCCAGAAUGUAAAGUAUGGCGAAAUCCACUGAAUUUAUUUCGAGGGGCGGAGUAUAACCGGUGAGUCACAUGAUCCCUCACCCUUUCUAUCCUCUCCUCCCUUACUCUCCUAUUAUUCUUCUCAUCCCCCUCACUCCCUCAAGAACUCCUGAUUCUCUCUCCAGCUCUCAACCUCUGCUCUGUCGUUUUCUUCACUCUUUUCCAACCUCUGUUUUCUGUUCUUCCCUCAUUCCCUCUCUCUGUUUCUCUGCCCUGCUAUGUGUUCCCUCUCUCUCCGUGGAGAGUUGGUAGUAAUGGCUGGGGCUGAUAUGCUGUCCCAUGGUGUCAGCUUUAAAUGCCAACAGGCUGAGAGAAUCCCUGCCUCACCAGGAGCCCACGCUCAUAAAUUAGAUCAGUGCUGCCUAGUUCCUCCUCAACAGCUUUUUCCACCUCUCUUUUCUCUUUCACUCUUCACAUCUGUCUUCUCUUCUACCUUCCCUUCCUCUCUCUCUCUCCCCCUAGACUUUUUUUCUAGAACCAUUAAAAUGACUUUUAACCAUAAGUGUGUGUGUGUGUGUGUGUGUGUGUGUGUGUGUGUGUGUGCCCACCCACCAGGUAUACGUGGGUGACGGGCCGAGAGCCACUCACGUACUACGACAUGAAUCUCUCGGCACAAGACCACCAGACCUUCUUCACAUGUGACUCGGACCACCUCCGGCCAGCUGACGCCAGUAAGGAACACACACACACAUCAAAUCAAAUCAAAUUGUAUUUGUCACAUGCGCCGAAUACAACAGGUGAAACCUGAUACCUUACAGUGAAAUGCUUACUUACAUAUAUAUUAAAGAGAAGCAGUAAAAUAACAGUAGCGAGGCUAUAUACAGGGGGUACCGUUACAGAGUCAAUGUGUGGGUGCACAGGUUAGUCGAGGUAAUUGAGUUAAUAUGUACAUGUAGGUAGAGUAAAAGUGACUAUGCAUAGAUAAUAAACAGAGAGUAGCAGCAGCAUAAAAGAGGAGGGGGGGGACAAUGCAAAUAGUCCGGGUAGCCAUUUGAUUAGCUGUUCAGGAGUCUUAUGGCUUGGGGGUAGAAGCUGUUAAGAAGCCUUUUGGACCUAGACUUGGCGCUCCGGUACCGCUUGCCGUGUGGUAUUAGAGAGAACAGUCUAUGACUAGGGUGGCUGGAGUCUUUGAUGUAGUACAUCACAUAGAGACACACGCAGGCACACACACACACACACACACACACACACACACACACACGUACACACACACACACUGUCAAUCUCACCCCAUCUCCAGGGAGGUUUGAUUCAUGUUCACAAGUGUUACCGUGACCUCUGACCUCAAUAACACAAACUAACGUGUUUGUGUCUUCAGUAAUGCAGAAAGCAUGGAGAGAGAGGAACCCACAGGCACGCAUCUCUGCCGCACACGAAGCCCUCGAACUGGAGGAGUGAGUAGUACUUCUUUCACCUACAGAGCUAUCAUACUGUGUAACAUGGUUGGCCUCAGUUCACUCAUGCAUUACUUGUAAAUAAUCCUAUUAUUUCUCUGAGAACUCUUCAUUAAUAAAUCAUUAAUAAAUAGAAUUUCACCUCCUCAAUUGACUGAAGUGAAGUGGAAUCAACCACAUCUCUUCUGUAUAUAACCUGAAUGAAAAGUGUAAGAUGCACACGUAAAAUACUCUUUAUAGCUAAUAUAGUUAUUGACCUACUUCUGACAUUGGCAAAAAGCAGAUUUGCACAUUACUCUCUUCUAUUCACAUUACUCUCUUCUAUUCACAUUACUCUCUUCUAUUCACAUUACUCUCUUCUAUUCACAUUACUCUCUUCUAUUCACAUUACUCUCUUCUAUUCACAUUACUAUCUUCUAUUCACAUUACUCUCUUCUAUUCACAUUACUAUCUUCUAUUCACAUUACUCUCUUCUAUUCACAUUACUAUCUUCUAUUCACAUUACUCUCUUCUAUUCACAUUACUAUCUUCUAUUCACAUUACUCUCUUCUAUUCACAUUGUCUCUCAGCAGACUUUUAUGGGUAAACGACGCAGCUUUUAUUAUAUUUGUGCUUAGUGCAGGUACUUGUCUCCCCCCUGUUUUUAUCCUCCAGCUAUGCCGUCUUCUGCUGUGUCGUUUUCCCCCAAAUUCUCUCUCUGUUCCUCUCAGCUGUGCGACUGCAUACAUCCUGCUGGCAGAGGAGGAGGCCACCACCAUCGUGGAGGCAGAGAAGCUCUUCAAACAGGCCGUGAAGGCAGGAGAGGGCUGCUACAGACGCAGCCAACAGCUCCAACACCACGGGGCGCAGUAUGAGGCACAGCACAGUGAGUAGAGGACACACGCGCGCAGUCGAACAUACGCAUGCACACGGUCGGACAGACACACACACACACACACGCACUCAAACACUUACACAUACGCGAAUAAAUGUAUUUGUGUGCGCGUGCGGAUGUGUCUGAAUGUGUAUGUGUCUGUAAGCAUGUGUCCAUGUGUCUGUUAUACCAGUUAAAAUAACUUUGCUGUGCUGUGUCUCUCAGGAAGGGACACCAAUGUUCUGGUAUACAUUAAGAGGAGACUGGCCAUGUGCUCUAGAAAGCUGGGCCGAACCAGAGAAGCUGUCAAAAUGAUGAGAGACGUAAGUACAGUAUACGCCAAGCUGCCAGGAUGUUACGGGUGAAUCCUAGCUUCCACUUAAGUAGAACUUUCAGUUAGUCCAAGGGGGGCUAAGUGAACAUUUUACUUUAGUGAAAGUUAGGAUUUGCCCCAGUUUUACAUGCCCACAUUUUCAGUCACUAUACAUUGUCGAUAAUGAUGAUAUUCUGACAUUCAUUCAAUUGGGGUUAUUUGAUGAGAACGUAUCAGUAAAUGUAAAAUAAAAAAGGAGGGGUGUUUGAGGUAACCUGGUCCCAGAUCUGUUUGCGCUGUCGUGUCAUCUCCUAUAGUCAUUUCCAUGCUAAUUUUGCCAUGACAGUGACCAUAGGGGAUGAUGACAAGGCAGCACAAACAGAUCUGGGACCAGGCUAGGUCUGAGGCUGUGUGGGACUGGGCGGAGUAACUAAACUCAUGUUGCUGACUGUGUUGUGUUUCACUGCCUGUCCGGUAUUACAUGUAACAACAGUUGUAUGUUUUCCAGUUAAUGAAGGAGUUCCCUCUCCUCAGUAUGUUCAAUAUCCAUGAGAACCUGCUGGAGUCACUACUAGAGUUGCAGAACUACGCAGACGUACAGGCCGUACUAGCCAAGUACGACGGUAAGACACACUCACAGUGAGUGAAAAAGAGUCAACGUUAAUCGUUGCUCAUUGGUGAUGCUUGAAUGCUUCUAUAACAGACAUCUAUGCAGUGCUAACAAUGUCACUUGUGAUUUUAUUUCUGUGGAUUAGACAACCAGCCGUAGGGGAAGUUUGAAUGACAGACAUUAGAUAACAAAAGUCAUAAAAUGCAAAUAAUUAGAUAAUAGAUGUUAACUUCUAACCAUUAUGACUUAAAGUAAAGUGAGAGUUUAUUAUAGUAAAAUCCUGACCCCUGUAAACCCUUCUGGGUCCUAUUCCAACUGUCCUAUUUUUCCCUGUCUACUGUCAUUUCAUUGUGUGUAAUUGUUAUUUUUCCUCCACUUAACACUGUUCAUGUCUGCUUUGUCUCCUGACAGAUAUUAGUUUACCCAAAUCUGCAACAAUAUGCUACACAGCAGCUUUGCUCAAAGCCAGGGCGGUAUCGGACAAGUGAGUAUCCGUUUACUGCUGUUACAAUGGCACCAAGUGGUUCACAUACCUGGAGUAGUAUUUAAAAGUUAGCCUGGGGCUAUCUGUGCGACAGAGAGAAUGGUAUUGAGUGAUUGCGUUUUGAAAUGGGUUAGGGGCAAUUGUAUUUUAAAAUAGUUAUGUGUAUUGUGAAAAGACUACUGUGAGGAUUACAUUUUUCUUAGCCCUUAUGCCUGCACACGCACACUUACACAUUGACACUUUCAUACACACGCACUACACUUUCACAUACACUCACUUUCAUACACACACACACACACACACACUGAUCCCCCCACACACAUACUCAUCUUUGACAGUGUCCUUUGUUCCCCAUGCAGGUUUUCUCCAGAGGCAGCGUCGAGGCGAGGGUUGAGUACAGCAGAGAUGAAUGCUGUAGAAGCCAUACACAGAGCUGUGGAGUUCAACCCACACGUCCCCAAAGUAUGACACAACAAUGGAGCUACGCACUUAACACUGCUAGUAGCAGUAUUACUACUGUACCUCCACUAACUACACUGAACCAAAAUAAAACCCAAAAUGAAAAGUGUUGGUCCCAUGUUUCAACUGAGGAGUAUUUCUGUCUGUAAUACAGCCCUUUUGUGGAGAAAAACUCAUUCUAAUUGGCUGGGCCUGGCUCCCAAGUGGGUGGCCCUAUGUUUUGUUUAGUAUACUACCACUAAUACUACUGCUAUGCUUCUGAUGGUGCUACUUCAAUUAAAUACUGAUUGAUGUUCUCCUGGUUGUAAGAUAACUGGUAUAACUUUGCAUUAAGAAGUAUGUAUGUUUAUGUUGUACAUUUUAUAUUGUCCUUACUGACUGUCGCUCUACCUUCCCCCUCCCCCUCUCACCGUCUCGCUCUCUCUCUUUCUCUCUCUCUCUCUCCACAGUACCUGUUAGAAAUGAAAAGUUUAAUACUGCCCCCAGAGCACAUUCUGAAGCGAGGGGACAGUGAGGCCAUAGCCUACGCAUUCUUCCACCUGCAGCACUGGAAGAGGGUGGAGGGGGCCCUUAACUUGCUCCACUGUACCUGGGAGGGCAGUGAGUAACACAAAUCAGCUUUACCUUAUACGCCAUAACAACUUCAUUGUGUUACACAUUUUGCAGUGAUUACAAUAAAAAAUUGCUGAUUUUUCUCAUGCUACUCCAUUUUGAUGCAUAACCCCUCCACACUUAGCUCAGCACAAACAUUUGUACAUGACUGUACCUAUUCUGAAUGCUGUGUGUCUUCUUUCCUCCCCAGCGUUUAGAAUGAUCCCGUACCCUCUGGAGAAAGGCCACCUCUUCUACCCAUACCCCAUCUGCACCGAGACCGCAGACAGAGAGCUGUUACCAAGUAAGAGACGCUCUGGAUUCAAGUGUGUGUGUUUGUGUAUAUACUGAGUGUACAAAACAUUAGGAACACCUUCCUAAUAUUGAGUUGCACCCCAUUUUGCCCUCAGAACAGCCUCAAUUCGUUGGGGCAUGGACUCUGCAAGGUGUCGAAAGCAUUCCACAGGGAUGCUGGCCCAUGUUGACUCCAAUGCUUCCCACAGUUUUGUCAAGUUGGCUGGAUUUCCUUUGGGUGGUGGACCAUUCUUGAUUCACACGGGAAACUGUUGAGCGUGAAAAACCCAGCAUCGUUGCAGUUCUUGACACACACAAACUGGUGCGCCUGUCACCUACUACCAUACCCCGUUCAAAGGCACUUAAAUAUUUUGUCUUUCCCAUUCACCUUCUGAAUGGCACACACAUGCAAUCCAUGUUUCAAUUGUCUCAAGGCUUAAAAAUCCUUCUUUAACCUGUCUCCUCAUCUACACUGAUUUGAAGUGGAUUUAACAAGUGACAUCAAUAAGGGAUCAUAGCUUUCACCUGGAUUCACCUGGUCAGUCUAUGUCAGGGUUCUUCAAUUCCGGUCCUGGAGGGCCGAAACACUUCUGUUUUUUAUUUCUACCUGGUAGUUAAUUGCACUCACCUGGUGUCUCAGGUCUGAAUUAGCCCCUGAUUUAGAAGGAGAGGAUGAAAAACAGAGGUGUUUCGGCCCUCCAGGACUGGAAUUGAAGAACCCUGGUCUAUGUCAUGGAAAGAGCAGGUGUUCCUAAUGUUUUAUACACUCAGUGUAUGUGUGUGUUGACUCUGAGUUGUUGUGUGUGUGUGUGUGAGGUGUACUCUUGGGUUAAAAUUCUCUGUCACUGCAACGGAUUUCAGUCAUAUGGAUGGGUUUGGGGGGGGAUUAUUAUUUUGGGCUAAAGGCCCAGUGCAGUCAAAAUUCAGUUGUUCCUGUGUUUUGUAUCAUACUGUACAACAGUUGAUGAAACUAACACUGUAAAAGUGUGAUUUUUAAAAUCAGUGUUAUUUCCUGAUUGAAAAUACAAUUUACACAGGAGCUAGUCAGCAGAUUUGCAUGGGCGGGAGUUUUGGCUUUCCAUUGUGACAUCACCAUGCGGUCAAUUGGUUAAUAGACCAAUAAGAAAGAGAGUUCCAAACCACUCUGCCAAUAACAGCUAGUUUUCAGUUUUCCCCUCCCAACUCAGACCACUUUUAAUGAAAAUCUAUUACAGUAAGGUACUUAAUUGUUACCCAGAAAUGAUAUUGAUAUUGAUAUAAAAAUGGCUGCAUUGGGCAUUUAAACAAAAAAACUCCAGGCCACACUUGAACGUAUAAAACUAGAUAGAAAGUAUAUAGAAAUGAUAAUGGACUUAUAUAUUUUCAAAUAACUGCCCUUUUUCUGGCCUGCAAAUCGAUUUAGACAAACAAAUUGGUCAUAAACAAAUCUGUGUGGCCCUCCGUUGAAUUUCGAAAUCCCGAUGUGGCCCUCGAGUCAGAGUUUCCCACCGAUCUGAGAUUGACUUAAGUUUAAGUAAUGGGAUUUCAUUUAGCUUUAACCCCUCUGUACUGUGUGUAUGUAUGUCUUUGCGUGUAUACAGUGUUGACCCUGUCUAUGUAUCUCUCUAAUGUGGAAGCAGUGUGUCAUGAGGUGUUGGUGUACAGUGUGUGUGUGUGUGUGUAUAAAGUAUGAACAGUGUGUUGAUGCUCUCGCUCUAUAUCUCUCUCAUGUGGAAGCAGUGUUUCAUGAGGUGUCAGUGUACCCUAAGAAGGAGCUGCCGUUCUUCAUCUUGUUCACGGCUGGUCUCUGCUCCUUCACUGCCAUGCUGGCCCUCCUCACACACCAGUUCCCCGAGCUCAUGGGAGUCUUUGCUAAAGCUGUGAGUCUCCUGCACCGCUCUCACACACUAACCAGUUCUCUUUGUAAGUCAAAUCCCCAAUAAGGUUCUUUGCAUUCAGAUUCUUUGUAAGGUGGUCAUUAAUUUUGUUGCGUUCAUGUCCUGGACAGCAGUUGCCGUUGGGCCAUUUUGGUUUUGAAUGUAACAAUCAUAGACCUGCCUUCAUCUGAAGUCUGGAUGACAGGAGACUAGCCAAGCUCUAUACAAGUUGAUGCAAGAUCCUCUUAUCAAUGUAAGUUAUUGUAGAUCAGGGAAGGAAAUAGCAGCUUCAGACUAAAGGAAGCAGCUUCAGACUAUUGAAUCCACCCCCCUAGAACCUACACAGGCCCUCUCCCAUCUGCCAGUGGAGGGCACUGUCCUCUCCUCUACCUAAUGUUCUUCCUCAGCAGGCUUGUACUGUCUGUGAUGCCACUCCCCUGGAAUGUGUGUGAGCUCAUGUCUCUGCUCCGUGCUCCUGGGGUGACACAAUCAGCAGCUACUAUCUCCUCUGCAGGGGCUUGCUCUGGCUCCACACUGGUUGGGUGCUGCCUGCGAAGAGCUGAUGGCACACACACAUUUUAAAUACUUUAUUUAAAUCCACAAAUCACAUUACAGUCGAGAAGGAUUCAAACAUUUCAAAGGUCAUGGUUAUCUGGACAAUUCUGGAUAUAGAAAGCACCUUCUCCAUACAGCUAUGCUGUCCAUGAUCGCUGACACAAAGCAGUACCUUGCUAGCUGCUUUGCCUUUGUCCUAUGCAGGCCUGCAAUCUGAAGGCCACGUACUGUCAGCCUAUGUACUUGGCCGAAACUCCCAAAUAUAACUCCCAAAUAUCAGCACCACAACUGAUAACCAAGGCAGUUCAGGCGUGACAUAAGGGGCUGGUAUUUCAGCAACUUGGCAGCAAAGGUAUGCUCCAUGUAGGAGUCAAAAGAGCAACCCACUUCCAAAAUGAGCACCUCCCUCCGGCCUCCCCCCACAACAACAAUAUCUGCCAUAUUUGGUAUACAAGAAAGCACAUCAUCAUCAGCAUCAAACCAGCCUCCUCUGACAAGAGAAUGUUUGUGCAUAUGCACUGAUGGUGGUACUGUCUGUCUCACCUCACUAGCUAGAAGAUCAACAAGGCGGUCAUGUCUAGCUAUGUACAGGUAGGUCCUUGUAUGAACGGCAACCAUUAACAUGUGCAACAGACUCCAUUACAUUUGACUCAUGUGAGAUAUAAGUGGAUCAUGGUUUGCAGGGUACCACAGUGCUAGAUUGUAUUUUGUUGGUAGAACCUGCAGCCUCGUCUUAACGAUAAAGGUGAGAAUGUCUUCGCCAAUAGCAGCAUUCUGGUAUACAGAAUGAGAGAAAGAAUGGUCAGACGUGUACACACACACAAACGCUCUCUGCCCCACUUCCAAUACUUUGAAAAUGCACUCUUCUAAGACAAACUAAUCAGCACCUGGUUUACACGCUAGGGUUCAAAUAGAUGAACCUUCUUCCUUCCUCGCUUCCUUAAAGUAACUGUCCAGUGUUUCCAGAUUUCUAUGAAAUAGGACCUUCAGUUAAUUACAAUAUGAGUGAAAUAGUUUUCCUUCCAAAACAUUCUAAUUAAGUAUGUUAAAAAGCAGCUUUUCUGUGUUGGAAUGGUGUUGGCGUACCCCAACAACAGACUGGUGUGGGCGGAUACAGGUCAUAAAAAAUAACAAUGCGAGUAGGCCGGUGAUUGGCCAGCUCAUUCUCCUCUGAGGAAAUAGCAAGUUUUUUAAACUGUCUGUUUUGAGAUACAAGUUUGAGGUGGGGUCCUCCAAUUUAUGCUUUGGCCAUAAAUACGAGUAUAUGAUGAGUCAACAACAAUAUUUGGGUAUGAGUUAACAGAAUAUGAACUUUGAAGUGAGAAUUUCACUGGACAGUUACUUUACAGUAAUCACUGAUCUAAUAUGAUUGAAUGGAUGAAACACGACUUGUCUUUCACCUAUCAAAUCAUGUCAGAUCAGUGGCUUCUCCCAAGGAAAGAUGGAAGGAAGUAAGGGUGCAUCUUCAAAGGAUUGGAACAGGGCCUCUCUCCCUCUUAGCGUGUAAACGAGGUGCUCGUUUCACCUCUCUCUUUCCUUGAUGGCCUUUUUAUCUGCCAUCUGACAAAGCUGAGCCUCCAUGACCCGGAAUCCCUCUGAGGGAGCCCCUAUCUCCCACACUGCAUGUUGCCAAAACACAUUAGAGAGGAGCGAGGGAUGAGAGAGGGGGGUGAACAGAGAGAGGGAAAGAACACAUCUGAGAGAGAGAGAGAAGGGGGAGUGGAAUGAGGGGCUGACAGAGAGAGUCCACCACCACUCUCAGGGGUUAGAGCACAGUCAGUAGUCUGUCAGCAGUCAACAUACCUGGGAGACAAGUUAUGGUUCUGCCCCAUAGAGCACAGUACCUCAACUGGCAUGCUAUGGUGCUCCUAUCAUGGUCUUCUAGCAUUUCAGGUCAUCGACAACGCACAGUACCUACCUUGAAAUGUGCAGAGCUUCAGUUGACGCUGAAAAUAGUAGAGAUGGCUACAUUCUCAACUAGCAUGUUAUGGUGCUCCUACCAUGGGCCUCUAGCUAGCAUCUGAGUAGCAUACAGUACCUUGAAAUGUUCAGAAAGAGAUCUGGUUCACCUUGGUUCCAGUAGGAAUUGGCGUAGUGUGUGUGAGGUCAUGUGUUCUAACAUCUUCUCUCUCGCUGUCUGUCUCUGUAGUUUCUUAGCACCCUGUUUGCUCCUCUGAACUUCAUCAUGGAGAAAGUGGAGAGCAUCCUGCCAUCCAGUCUGUGGCACCAGCUCACACGCAUCUAACAGUGACCAGCCCCGACCGGACUAGACUGAACCGGACUGACUGACACAUUCUUUGUGCCAAUAUCAUGGAUUAGACGGACAGUGAGGAUGGAUUGGAAGAGAAGAGAAGAGAAAGAAGAUUAAAGGGAAACAUGGAAUUCUGAAUUGCUUUUGACUUUAUUUGAUAUGUUUUCAUUUUGUCUUCAAAUCUCAUGUAAAACCGUUUUUUUGUUGUACAAAAAAAGGUGAUCAAUUAUCAUCAUUAAAAAAGUGGAAAAAUACAUAAAAUAAAGGACUUUUUGUGUAUUGCAAUGUCUACCCUGCCAUUUUGAUUGUCAAGCAUAUCAAAAUUGUAAUAAAUAUUGGAUCAUAGCUGGAGGUUAGGUAACUAAACCGUGUUUUGUAACUGGCUGGUUGAG